UAGCUCUUAUUUUUUUACUUUUAUUUUGCGUCGAUUUCACUAAAUCUGCUUCUUGUGUUGCUUCAUCAAAGAAGCUUACUGUAAGUUAUGGAACAUCGUGUGAUUUAACAAGUUCUUUGACUGGUUUGGAUGAAGUUAAAAUUAGUGGUACAGUUUAUGUGAAGGGAUCGCCUGGAUCUACACCCCCUUCACUGGAAGCCACUAAUAUAUAUGUGUUAUCUACGGGUAGGAUAUUAGGAGAUGGAUCCGGGUAUGGGCCUAUGGAUGGGCCAGGAAAAGGGUCUUCUGGAGGGUCAGGUGGUUCUCAUGGUGGACGUGGUGGGAUGAACGCUGGUACCUUUCUGAAGUCCAAUGAAGCUUUAACAUAUGGUGGCAUCGAGAAACCAAGUGACUUUGGAAGUGGAGGGGGUUGUUCUACCGGUGGUAAAGGAGGCGGUGUAAUUACGUUAAAAGCUAUAAAUGACGUCACGGUCAAUGGAUUGGUAUCUGCUAAUGGUAAUGCUGACAGUAGUAACUGUGGUGGUGGCAGCGGUGGAAGUAUUUACAUAGAUACUGAUUCUUUCAAAGGAAAUGGAAUGGUUACAGCACGUGGUGGCACCGGAAGUGGAACGGGUGGAGGAGGCGGAGGUGGACGUAUUUCUAUUGUUCACAGAGUUGCAGCAACCUUUAAUGGUGACAUAUUUGCAGAUGGUGGAGACAGUUCGACUGAUGUAAAUCAACUGACAUUGCAGUCCACAACAGCUUCAUCAGCAAGGUAUACAGAUGCUUCCUACGGUGACAUGACAAAACAUUCAUCUAAUUCCUGGCGGGCAUAUUAUUCCAACACUGACCAAUGGUUACAAGCUUCAUUAUCUUCACCCAAAUGGAUUACUCGAGUCGCCACUAGAGGACAUCAAUCCUAUAAUAUGUGGGUUAAGACGUAUAAAAUCCAAUAUUACAACGAUACAAGUUCAGCAUGGAGAGAAAAACGUAACAAUACAUUCCAGGUUAUUCUAUCGUAUCCAUCAGCUGGAUUUUCCGGUAAUACUGAUAACAAUGGCAUCGUAAACAACGACCUGUUUGCGCCAAUAUACACAUCAAAGAUACGGUUUUAUCCUCAGACAUGGAACACUGGAAUUAGUAUGUCGGUUAAACUGUAUGGAUACAACAAUUAUGAUACUGUUUCUGUUCCUCCAACAACCUGUAGCAGCACAACAUCCGCUGGAUCUGGUGGCCCUGGAACCAUAUUUUUGGCCCAGAUUGGUGCUGGUGUAGGGACUGUAGUUAUUGAUGCCAGAGGAAAAGACCCUAAAGUGAAGAAGAUUAACAACUGUGAUCAAUUUGAUGCUGCAUCUUCAGGAGCCGUUGCUUGGAUUAAAGAUGAUUCUUUCAGUCUUGAUGAGAUUGUUCUCACAUUUGGAGCACACUUGGUCCUGUCUAAUUAUACCUCAGUCUCACAGAUAUUGUCAGAUGGUCAAAAUAAUUCAGUUGUCCAUGUCCUUCCAAAAGCUACCCUUAAACUUGGCAACACUCUCACAGUUCCAUGUUUCAUAUAUUCUGAUGGUCUCCUGGUACCUGCCUCAGGAACUACUAUUUAUAUUGAAGAAUGGUUAUACAUCAUGGGAAACAUUACAUUUAAUAAUGAUGAAAGUAUCAUUGUCAAUGGAAACCUUACCAUGGAGAUCCAAAACUUUACAACAGUUGACCUGAAAAUAGAAACAACUGGUAUAAUGACAAUCAUCCCAUUAACAGGUGGUAGUAUUUUCCCCUUAGACACAGAGAAGUUCAGUGUUUAUGGUACCUUCACAUGUGAUAUCAUCAACAUUACCAGUAUACAAGAAUUUACUGUUGGAGCAAAUGGUGUGGUAGAUAUGGUACCAGUCACAACAGAUAUGCAUUUGGGUAAAAAAAUUCAUAUAGCAGGAUCUGUCAAUCUUCACCAUGAGUUAUCUAUUUUACACCCAUGUGAGUCGUUUAAGAUAACUGGUUCUAAAUCCAGACUAGUAUGGGAUAAAGAGGCAAAUAUAACUCUUGAAUGUUUAUUUGUAUAUAUUAAUGGAUUUUUCAAGCCAGGGACCAUUAAUUUUGGGUCAGGAGUAGAAACUCUUAAGAUUGGUUACUAUGGAGAUUUUGAAUUUAAAGCAGAUGGUCCUGUAUUGACAAAUUCAUUCUGGGCAGAUGGUACAACUAAGAUAAACAAUGCUGCAGAAUUUAAGUCUUUGAACAGAUCUGAUUUGAGAAUAGAAGUAUUUGUAGUAGAUGAAAGUGGAUACCUCUACCUGAACCAUGAUUCAUCGCCAAAAAUUGUCAGUGGUGCUCAGGUUGCUACAACUUACAACAACAUCCGAGCCAGAUACUUAGUUGUUAAUGGAUUCUUGAAUGCUACGCUACUGAGUACCGAUCCUGGAGUAGACAAAGUCACAGUGGGUAAAGAAGGAACUUUUCUGUUCACUCCUUAUGAUGAAUUUUUAGUACAUGAAAUUGAGGUCAAUGGAUUGAUGAAGUCUCAUACACCAGUUAUUUUCAGAGGUCAAAGACUUGCCAAGGUUGAGACCUUGACAAUCGGUGUAAGUGGAACAUUGGUACUUGAAAACAAUGCCCAGGAAACCAAAUCAUGGAGUGGAGUAUCUGAGAUGCCAUUCCACAAUGUAUAUGUUAAUGGUCAUCUUAAAGCUGGUCAAAUAUUAAACAGAUACAUUAAUGAAACUGACGAGGGAUGGAACUACAUGUAUAUUCAUAAUAGUUCUUCCAUCUUUGAGUUUGAAACAGAAUACCCCUUCUUGAUUGAGACUGCAGAUAUCAAUGGAACCUUUAUAUCAUAUAAACCAGUUGCCAUUACAGCACCUUCAUCAUCAAGCAAACGAUUAACUAUUUCUAUUGGUUUUGGAGGUCACAUGACUUUGGAUUCUGAUUCCUCACAUCCUAUUGGUCCAUUUGCAACAAACUCAUCUAUCUAUGCAGAAAAUUUAGUGAUGGACACAGGAAGUUUGUUGGAGGCUGGGGAUACACACUUUGACAUAGAUACAGUAGAAAUAAGUGGUUCUAUCAAUGCUCAGCCCAAAUCAAAAGUGGAAAUACGAUCAUUUGGUAUAACAAAUACUGGAAAGGUCAAUAUCACAUUACCUAUUAUUUUAGAAAGUCUUACGGUCAAUGUAGCUGGAUUGCUGGAUAUUGAUUUCAGAAGAAUGCCAGAUAAUACAAAUUCAGGAAAUACAGCUUCUGACAUACUCGUUACAGACAACAUUGUAAUCAGUGGUACUUUACAAGCAGGAUCACUUUAUAUUGAAACAAACCAAAUGACUGUGUCAGGGACUUUAGAUGUAUCUGGAGGUGGUUAUCUAAAUAGUAAGGGAACUGGAGGUGGAUUAGGUUCUUCAUCUGGAGCAAGUGGAGGCAGUUAUGGAGGCAGAGGAGGUAGAGGAAGUGUAGCUAAUGCUGCUAUGCCCCAUGGUAGUAUCUACACAGAAGGAACCUGGGGCAGUGGUGGAGGUAGUGCUGGCAGUACCCUAGGUGGGCGUGGGGGUGGGCGGCUCCAUUUAAAUAUUAACACACAGUUAACAUUGGAGGGAACAAUGAGAGCCAAUGGAGAUGAUGCUACGGUCACGAAUGCUGGAGGUGGUUCUGGUGGCUCGCUAUAUGUCCAGUGUCCUACCCUAUCCAUGUCCGGUUAUAUAUACUGUAAUGGUGGCAGUGGCUUAGCAAAUGGUGGUGGUGGAUCAGGUGGCCGUAUUAAUUUCUUCUUUAGUCAGGGAACAUAUGAAAGUGGACAUGUCACUUCUAAAGGUGGUUCCGGAUAUGAACCUGGAGGGCCAGGAAUUAUGUAUUUCCAGACAAAGACGAGCAGAAAUCUACGUGUAGACAACAAAUGUCAAAAGCCUAUGGUGACUGAACCUUCCGGAACUACAGCGGAUAUAAGUCAUUUCAACACUUACAAAUCAACUGGAGCCGUAGCUUUUCUUUUACCUACCAGUGAUGGCUUUGUCUAUGAUUUUACCAUGGUGGAAAUCUAUGGUGGAGCCCACUUAACAGUGAAUGGAACCAAUAUACGCUUAAAAUCUGUCAAAGUUGUUGGUGAUGAUACAGGUCAUUUACAUAUUCCCCCACAUCAUACACUGGAAUUAAUUGAGACCACAAAAUAUCGUAGAGCAAAUGUGACCUACCAUCCAUUUAUAUACAAAGAGUCAACAUGGAUCCUUCCUGAAGCUACAGUGGAAUUCAGAGAAUCUUUGGACGAACAAGGCAAAGGCAUGAGUUCAUCUGCCUGUACAUCUAGUUACUUAAAUAGUAACACUGUUAAAAUCUGGGGUACAGUUGUUGGAGAUUUAGCUCAUCUUCUUGUGGCCACAGGAGCUACACUCAAGUUUGAAGAAUCGUCCAACAGACAGUUAACAUUCCCAAACAUUACUGUACAGAAUGGAGGCAUACUAGAACUGAACAGUGUGUUUGGAGAUGAGACUGAUGUUUAUCAUUUACAGGUACAAAAAAGUGGACAUACAGGUAUUGUGACUGUACAAGGAAAUGGACAGUUUAAUGUUGGAAAUCUGGAUCUCCGGACAGAUAUAUUAAAUAUCCAUAAUGCUGGAAAAUUCUCUGCCACUGGUAAAGGGUACACGUCUGCUGGGAAAGGAGCAGGAAGGAGUUCUGCUGGAGGUGGCUAUGGUGGAAGGGGUGGAGCUAAUGCAGCAUCAGGAUCUUUACCUGGAAAGGAAUAUGGAUCAAUAUAUGGACCAUGCUAUUUUGGUAGUGGUGGUUUUGGUGCCAGUGAGUCCUAUGGUUCAGGAGGAGGAAUGAUGGUGAUAAAAACAACACAGAGACUGAUUGUAGAAGGAACAUUAAAAUCUGAUGGUCUGACAGGCUCUACCAAUACUGCAGCUGGUGGCAGUGGUGGCUGCAUCUAUAUAACCACUGAUUCUAUAGAGGGGAAAGGUACAUUACAGGUAAAUGGAGGUAAUGGUGUGAGUUUAGGAGCCGGAGGAGGAGGCAGGAUGAUGAUUUACUAUAAAGAUAUUCAGUUUUGGCAAGGAAAAUGGACAGCUUAUGGUGGAAUAUCUGGAUCUAGUCCAGGAGGAGCAGGGACUAUAUACUUACAGGAUACUAUAACAGAUGUUAUAAACAGGACAUUGAUUCUGGAUAACAAUGGUCAGUCUGUCAUCCAAAGUGAGAUCUCAACAUAUACACUGUCUGGAUAUGAUGCUGAUCCAGGGAGAACAUGGAUAUCUGAUAACAAUACCAAACACUUUGAAAACUUGAGGAUCAAAGGAAAAGCUAACUUGGCAUUACAUCCUUCUCUUACAGAUCUUUUCCAACUUAAAUCAUUGAAGUUUGAGGGAGAUAAAAGUGGUGUACUACACGUUGGACCUGGUCAGACAGUUGUAGUACAACAUCCAGAUGACUUGGAAUUUCUGGUUAAUGUAUAUGUCUAUCAAGGAGGUACCCUCAUAUUACCAACUGCAUUUGACUGUUAUGGCAUAGAUUUGGUUAUUUGGGGCACACUGGGUGUUGUAGACAUGACUAUUGGAAAUGCAUGUGACCUUCACCUUGGUUCUACAGGAAAUACCCAGGGUAUAUCUACAGUCAGUCCAACAGGAAUAUUCAACUUUGAUACACUGACUGUGAAAGCUGGAGGUGAAGUGACUGUUACCCCUGAUUUGACUGAUGACACAAGUAAAAUAGCUAUUACAACUAAUAAACUAUGGGUGCAAGGAGGAGGCCAUGUCCAUGCAGUGCAUGUUGAUAUUACAGCUGAUACUCUGAUAGUAGAUGACCUAGGAAAGAUCAUUGGAGAUAUACAUAAUGCAGCUUGUAGCAAAGGAGAUGGUUAUAGUUCAUCUACUGGAGCUUCAGGUGCUGGACAUGGAGGUAGAGGUGGGCGUGGCUCAGGACAGACAAAAACAGGUGCCCCUUAUGGACAGGUAUUUGAUGCCGUAGACAGAGGUUGUAAAGGAGGAGAUAAUGGUAAUGGUAAUGCCAACACAGGAGGAAGAGGAGGCGGAGUUAUCUCCCUUAAAAUGACUACUAUACUACAAAAUGAUGGACAGAUUAGUGUUAAUGGGGAAAAUGGAAAAGCAAUUGGUGCUGGUGGUGGCAGUGGUGGUUCCAUCAAUAUUGAUACCAAUAACAUUAAGGGUUAUGGAAAGUUCCAAGCUAUUGGAGGAGGUGGAUUAGGUUUGGGUGGUGCUGGAUCUGGAGGUAGAAUAUCUAUGGAAUUCUCACAGAACAAGACUUUCACUGGACAGUUUGAUACCUAUGGUGGUCUGGGACAGAAUAAUGGCAGUCCUGGAACAUCCUUCUUCCAUCAUAAAGUUUAUGAUCACACAACCCUAUUGCUGAACAAUUUAAACAGGGGACCAGCUGGUGAUUCAAAUACAAUAAAGGAUUAUCUCAACCUUGAUUCUGAUCAGCUUAAAGCAUGGUUCUUACCUGAACAUGGCAAACAUACAUUUGCAGGGUCUAACUCUAAAUACCAUUUUGAUGAGCUACAGAUUUAUGGGAAGGCUCAGCUAGCAGUACUAACAGAUCCAGUAGAAAGUGCUGCUACAAUUUAUUUUGAGAACAUGAUAGGGGAUAGAUCUGGAGCCAUACAUGUAGGAAAAGGACAAGUGAUGGAUCUGGAGAGACAGAAAAUAGAUCUUCCAUUCAGUGUCCAUGUAUAUGAUGGUGGUUACCUAGGCUUGGCUCCAGACACUUUCAUACAUGGCGUGGAUAUCUUUCUAAAUGGGACUUUGGCUAAUGUUGACAACCUGACAUUACAUCACGAAGGAAAACUCUGGUUGAAUAUAGACGGACGAACUAAGGGACUGGAUGCUAGUACCUACAGUUUUCAGUUUGUACAUGUUAAAAAUGCUGGAUAUCUUCACAUGAUCAGUGACCCAGUUUUUGAACCCAGCAUAUCUUUUUCCACAGUUGCCCUUAAUAUUGAUGGAGGUGGACUGGUACGAGGAACUUAUGUUGUUUUUCACUCAGAGAACAUUACAAUAGAUUCAGGUGGUACUCUCACUGCUGAUGGAUUGGGUUAUGAACAAGCAGACGGUCAGAGAACAGAUUCCUCUGGUAAUCCAAGGAAAGGAUUACAUGGUGUCAUCAAUCCUGGACUUGGUCUGACUGGUAGCCUUGGUGCAUCAGGAGCUGGUCAUGGAGGAAGUGGAGGAAGAGGGAAAUAUAAUGAUAAAGGAGGAGAACCCUAUGGAGAUUUAUAUGAACCCACAUUAUUUGGCAGUUCUGGUGGAGGACAUAUUGGUGGAGCUGGCGGUGGUAGACUAUGGUUGAAUGUGACCAAUACUAUAAUGAUUGAUGGACUUCUCACAGCCAGUGCAGAGAAUGGACAAACACAAUACAAUUACAAUUCAAUAGCAAGCACUGGUUGGGUAACAGACUACCCUUCAGGUGGUGGUAGUGGAGGGAGUAUAUGGCUCCAUUGCUACAGGAUUACUGGGUACGGAACAAUACUGGCACGUGGUGGAAAUGGGACUCUAGGCACUUAUAGACACACAGGUACUGAUGGCAGUGGCCACACAACUUAUCCAUCAACAUCUUACGGUGCAGGUGGAGGAGCUGGUGGAAGGAUUGCAAUGUACUUUCAGAAAAAUGAUACUUUCAGUGAGUUCCAAUAUCUUGCCAAUGGUGGGUGGCCAGGGUUAGAGAAUGCUGAGGUUGGAGGACCAGGGACUGUCUACUUGUAUCACACUAUUGAGGUCCACAGAACUUUAAUUAUUGAUAACAAUGGGGCUCCUGAACCAUUAAAUCAAUAUGUCAACUGGAAUGAUGUAACAAAAGAUGGUGGACGUGCCUGGAUUCUGCCUCAGUCUGGUAUACAUGAGUUUGCUAAAGGUGCCUACAUUUUCGAGUUUGAGGAAAUUCAAAUUUAUGGUAAUGGCCACCUUGCUGUAUUGAAUCCUUCAGAAAUUAGUGUGAUUGAUGCCGCAGUAUCUGGAUCUGUUAGCAAUAUUAAUGUUACUAUUGAUUUUAAAUAUAUGAUUGGUGACAGGACUGGCACAGUACAUGUUGCAGACAAACAAGUGAUGGAUUUGAUAAGGGAAGAAAUAGACUUGCCAUUUAAUUGCUAUGUUUAUUUUGAUGGAUUCCUAGGCCUUGCUCCCAUGACAUAUGUCCAUGGAGUUGAAAUUCAUUUGGCAGGUGUUUUGGCAAAUAUUGAAAACAUAACUAUUCACCAUGGUGGAUAUUUAUGGUUACAAAAUGGAGGUAGAACCCAGGGAAAUCCUCACAGUCACUAUACCUUUGAUUAUGUUCUUGUCCAAGAUCAAGGAAAGAUUGAUUGUACAACAGAUGCAGUGACAGAUAUUGGAAUUUACUUCCAUCUGAAAGCUGUCACAGUUGAAGGUGGUGGCAUCAUACACGGAACUCACAUGACUUAUAAUGUGGCAAAUGUCACUGUUGACGCAGGAGGUGUCAUUACAACAGAAGGGAAAGGGUAUACAACAUCACAUAGUAAUACCACACACUUUAGUACCUCAGUUCAUGGACAUGUCAACCCUGGAAAGCCUCUUAGUACCUAUGGUGGUGGUGGCCAUGGUGGGAGUGCUGGUGAAGGAUAUAACUCACAGAGGGCGGGGUUUGCCUAUGGUAAUAUCUAUGAACCAAUCAAAUUAGGUAGUUCAGCUGGGUCUGGAGGUACAGGAGGAGGUGUCAUUUGGAUGAAUGUGACGCAUACAAUACAUAUUGACGGAGAGGUAAACUCUGAAGGUGGUGACGGCAAUGCUGGAGGAAGUGGAGGUAGUGUCUGGAUGUUCUGUGAACUCAUCAAAGGUUACGGUAAAAUAACGGCUCAUGGCGGAAAUGCCACUCAUGGAAAUGGUGGUGGUGGAGCUGGUGGCAGGGUGGCAGUCUACUUUAAUAAAAAUGAAACUAUGACAUCUUUCAGAUUCCAAGCUAUUGGAGGCAAAGGUGGGUCGUCUGCUGAAAAUGGUGGUGCUGGUACAGUAUUUGUCUAUCACAUGGGUGAGGAUCAUAAAACUCUGAUUAUUGACAAUGGAGGUCACCAGCCAAAAGACAAAUACAAUGUUAUUGAUGAUUAUUCUGAUUUGUCUUCUGACAGCUGUAGAACAUGGAUUUUACCAGAAUCUGGUGAUCAUUUCUUUGCAGGAGGUGGCUACAAAUAUCACUUCCAAGAAUUCCAAAUGUAUGGGGCAGCUCACCUGGCUUUCUUGCCUGAACCAAUUGAUAAUGAAGUUGAUGUGUUUUUCUUGUACAUGAUAGGGGACCGAACUGGAACUGUUCAUUUAGGCAACAACCAAAUUAUGGAUCUUAAUAGAGAUGAAAUUGAUCUGCCAUUCAGUGUUAGGGCAUAUGCUGGAUCAUACUUAGGUUUGGCUCCUAUUACAAUUGUACAUGGUGUCAGCAUCUGGAUGCACGGAGAACUUGCUAACAUAGACAACAUAACUUUACACCACAAUGGCCUCCUGUCAUUGGAAAGUGGAGGGUUUACAAAAGAUUUAGCUCCAGAUCACUUCCAAUUUAAUUGGGUCAGAGUUCAAGAAAAUUCAACCAUAAGAUCUUUAACAGAUCCUGUAACAGAACCUGGAAUUGAUUUCCUUGUUCAUUUCAGCAUGUAUGUUGAAGGUGGAGGCACCUUUGUUGCCACAAAUGCUUCAAUUCAGGCUAUUAAUAUCACUAUAGACGAUGGAGGUGCAUUACAUGGAGACAGUUUGGGAUACAGAUCUACUGAUACACAAGCAGGUGAAAUAAACAUUGGUAAAGGGAUAACUCACACUUCAGGAUCAUCUGGAGCAGGUCAUGGUGGUACCAGUGGUCGAGGUGCAGGGACAACGCUGACUGGACAACCUUAUGGACACCUAUAUCAGCCUUUUGUACAUGGUAGUGCUGGUGGUGGAGAUGGUGGCCAAGGUGGUGGCAUGCUGUGGCUAAAUGCUACCAAUAUGAUAGAGAUUGAUGGACGCUUGAGUGCUAAUGCUGGUGAUGCUAGGGCAGCAAGUGGUGGUGGUGGCUCAGGUGGCAGUAUUUGGAUGUACUGUAGAGUUUUCAGAGGUCUAGGAACUAUUGCUGUGAAUGGUGGCAGUCAAUAUUCAGGGGGUUCUGGUGGAGGUGGAGCAGGAGGGAGGAUAGCUGUGUACCUGUGGAUAAACAAUACUUACCUGGGAGACUAUGAGUCACAUGGUGGAAGUGUUAAUGUGGCUACCUCUCCCAAUUCUCAGCCUGGUGGUCCAGGAACAGUACUUCUUUAUCACGUGGAACAUGAUCAUGAAACACUGUAUAUAAAUAACGAUGGCCUGGAAAGUGAUGUAGGAAUGAUAAAAGAUUACACAGAUCUUAGUGAGGAUAGUUUCAAGGCUUGGAUUCUACCUAAUGCUGGACAACAUUGGUUGGCUAAUGAAAACUAUGAUUUCCAGUUUGAAGAGUUACAAAUAUAUGGAAAUGCACAUUUAGCAUUGCUCCCUGAACCUUUUGAAAAAGGUGUAAGUUUACAUUUCCAACACAUGAUUGGAGAUCGUACUGGCUAUGUACAUGUUGGCAAUCAUCAGGUCAUGGAUCUUAGAAGAAAAUUCCUUGAUACUCCUUUCAAUACAUAUGUCUAUGAUGGAGGCUACCUUGGUCUGGCACCCGACACAAACUUAGAACGAGUCUUUGUCAGAUUGGAAGGAACUAUGGAUCAUGUGAUCAACAUGACACUCAUUGAUGGUGGCUCAUUACGCCUUCAUCUGACAGGAUCCACAAACAACCGUGAUAGACUUAACUAUCACAUCAAUGGCACAACAGUGAUAAAAGCCAAGUCAUAUAUCAACUGCUCUAACCCCAGAGCCCAUGAUGACCAGUACCAGCUUGUGUUUAAUCACUUACGUGUAGAAGGGGGAGGAGCUAUUAAUGGAUCCUUCAUGAGAAUACAGGCUACAGAUAUGUUUGUGGAUGAUGGAGGAAUUGUUAGUGUCAACAAUGGUGGUCACUCUCCUGAUCAUGGACCAGGAGUUGGACAGUGGCAUAGGUAUGGGGCAAGUGGUGCCUCCCAUGGUGGUACUGGUGGCCAAGGAGCUUGUAGCAACCACCUAUCCUGUAAACUGUCUCGUAGUAAAGCCUAUGGAGACCUCAAACAGCCCCUGGAGUUUGGAAGUGGUGGUUCAGGUGCUAGAGGAGGAUCAGGUGGAGGUCGACUUAAAAUGGAAAUAAAGAAUACUCUGGCAGUAGAUGGGUAUGUAAUGGCCAACAGUGAGGAUGUACUCUCUGUGUCGUCAUGGUCUGGUGCCAGUGGUGGGAGUGCAGGAAGUAUACUCAUCAACACUGUCAACUUUACAGGAAGCCAUACAGGACACAUCCAAGCUCUUGGAGGCGUGGCUGACAUCAGUAUAGGUGGAGGUGGGGCAGGAGGAAGGAUUGCCUUGUACCAAAAUACCCACCAUACUAUUCCCCCAUACCGAGGAUUCUUUGAUACUUAUGGGGGCAGAGGAAAUUCAAACAAAGGAUCAGAAGCAGGUGCGUCAGGUACAGCCUUCAUUCAGAACACAGAAACUGGCUACUCUAAGCUUCUUGUAGAUAAUCAUAACCAGCUGCCAAGGGAUGAACACUCUGCUUUGUUGAAUGAGGGUUAUAGAGCAGAUUUGACAAUCUCAGAGUCAAGUUACUCCCAAUCAAGCUUAUACACAUCUACCAAAGGACAUAAUAUCACAUCUUCAGCCAAUACCUAUGUCUAUAGCUAUCCCUGUUAUAGUGGAAACUACUACCUUAUGUACUUGUUUGACCAGACACUAGCCAGUGAGAGUGGACAGAUUUAUGUAGCCUCCUCUGGCUCAGCUACCAUAACAGUAGAACUGGUGGCAGAGGCCUUUGUAACAAAGCUUAAAAUCUACCCAACAGCUUCUUUCCCAUCAAGAUUCAAGGUUAUAGGAUAUAAUGGAGUCACAUCUUUUGUUGUAACCACUAACUAUGUAGAACCACGUACACCCAUCAUCCAAGGAUCUUACUUAGAAUUGCCAGUUAUGCAGACAGCUACAAAAUUCCAGUUUCUUGUCUCAUCUACUGGCUCCUCGUCAUCUAGUUGUAACUACAGAGCUUCUCUUACAGAAAUAGAGAUAUUUGCUGAUGCCAAAAAUGUUUUUGAUAGAUACAAAUAUACUGACCUUGAUGGAGCCACCACAUGGAUCUUUGCCAAGACAGACAAAGAACAGUUUGACUUUAAUGAAAUAACAGUACAAGGAGGCGGACAUUUGGCCUUUAAUUCUUCUGUUAGUCUGACAUCACCUGUUAAUAUAAAUGUAGGAACAUUUGUGGGAGAUAGAACAGGUUACAUCCACAUUGGACACAAUCAAGAGCUAUCCAUCAAUUACACAAAUGCAGAUAUUCCUUUCAACACACAUGUGUAUGAAAAUGGCAAAGCUACCUAUCCUCCCAGACCAUUCUUCUACGGAACACAUCUGUAUACUUCGGGAGAGAUCCAGGGUAUAGAAGAUCUGUAUGUAUUUGAUGGAGGCAGUGUGACCGUAGACACUAAUGGUAGUAUAGGUAUGACAACACCAGCUAAGGUUUCAUUGAAGUCAUUACAUGUACAAGACAAGGGUACAUUCCAGAUGGAUUCCUACACCAAAGAUAACAUGUUUGUUAUGGAUUCUACAAAUGUCACAAUUUAUGGAGGGGGACAUUUCAAGGUCAAUACUGGACUUAACAUGACAACUCACCAUUUAAUGGCCAUUUUCUCUGGAGGACUGAUUGAUUUAGAUGGUCAAGGUCUUUCACAGCCAGAAGAUGUUGGACCUGGAUAUGGAACUGGAUCUCUCACAGGAGGAAGUGGUGGUGGCCACGGUGGCAGUGGUGGACAUGGUUCUGAUGCCUAUACUGUAGGACAAGGAUAUGAUUCUAUUUACACACCAGUUAAAUAUGGUAGCCCAGGAGGAUACGGCAAUUAUAGAGAUUCUCUGUACUUUGGUGACAGCACUCAUCGUAAUACUUUGGUGCGAGGCCACAUUGGUGGUGUAAGUGGUGGCAGGAUUCACUUGACAGGAAGACAUGUUGAUAUUGAUGGGGAGAUAACUGUUGAUGGACAACCACCAGAGAAUCAGCUAGGAGCAAAUGCUGGAGGAGGAUCUGGAGGCAGUGUAUGGAUUGUUUGUGACGAGGUUGUAGGACACGGUCUAAUAACAGCAAAUGGAGGCAAUGGCAAUGGUCAAGGAGGGGGAGGAAGUGGUGGAAGGAUCUCUAUACAGUCUAGCAAUACCAAUAAACUCAACAUUACACUGAAAGCUUACGGAGGUAUCAGCAACUUUGAAAGUGGUGGUGCGGGAACAAAAUAUGAAGAAUUGUUCAAUGCUACAAAUAAAAUGCCUAUCAACAAAAAGCUUACAGUUGACAACAAUGGUCAUGCCUACCCCAGAGCAGCUAAUAUCCAACAUGGAGACCGCCGUAACUUGUUGAAUGGUGUGUAUGACGAUAUCAGUCAAUCAGGUGGUAUAACCUGGCUGUACCAUGAUGACCCUCAGUAUAAAUUUGAUACUGUUGUGCUGCAGGGGAAUGCACAUGUAGCAAUACUUAGUAAUACAUCUGUACAAGAUAUUGAUAUCAGAGUGGAAUAUCUAAUUGGUGAUACAACAGGAGUGUUGCAUGCUGGGAAAAGACAGACAUUUGGAUUUAAAAAUGUUGACACAUAUAUGCCUAUCAAUAUUAUGUGCUACAGAUACAGUUUCCUAGAGAUACCAGAAAGAAUAGCAAUGAGAGAAGUAUGGGCAGAAAUAAAUGGUACAAUCAUAGGCUUGGAUGAUAUCUCAGUGGAAAAUGAAGGAGAACUUUAUAUAUGGUCAUAUGCUAACACUGAGGGCUUGUCAGAAGGAUCAUUACAAUUAACCAAUAUUUCUGUAAAAGCUGGAGGAAAAUUUGAACCAUUGACUGCAGAAAAGGUCAUCAAUAUCACAGUAGUUAGGGUCCUUGUCAAUGGAAAUGGUUAUGUCAGAACUAAUCACCUUGAACUCCAUGCUGUCAAUGUCACCAUUGAUCUUUCAGGUGAUUUCCAUGCUGAUUUUACUGGACAUGCUGGAGAUAUAGGACCAGGAGCAGGUUUAGCCAAGUCUUAUCAUGCUGGGGCCUCAGGGGGAGGUCACGGAGGCAGAGGAGGAAGAUCUUAUAGAGGAUAUUAUUCUGCACUGGCCUAUGAUUCUAUAUACAUACCCAGUGAGAUGGGAAGUGGAGGUGGGACUGGUUCUAAUGGUGAUGGAGGCAGAGGUGGAGGAAUAAUCCACAUGUAUAUAUCUGAUGAGCUGAGAGUUGAAGGAAGACUUCACUCUAAUGGAGAGAAAGGAGGAGGUACCACAGGAGGGGCUGGGGCUGGAGGUAGUAUCUAUGUUGUAGUGGGACAUCUAGAUGGAGCAGGCAGUAUAGAAACAUUUGGAGGGGCAGGAAGCUCAAAUGGUGGUUGUGGUGGAGGUGGCAGGAUGGCUCUCUACCACAGUAGAGAAAACCACUUCACUGGAGAAUACUUAGUCUACGGUGGCCAUGGUCUAUCAGGGUAUGGAGGAUCAGGAACAGUCUACCUAGAGGAUCAGACUAAUUCUACACAUCCUGUGAGAGAUCUGAUUAUAGACAAUUCUGGUUACACAAAAUCAGAACAAAUUGAAGAAUCAGAAGUAUUGUAUUUGGCAUAUGGAUGGGAUGUUAGUUCUGGAUACUACACAUAUAACAACAUAUUGAUUGUGACUGAUGUCAAUGUAUAUAAAAACUACCAUCUACACAGGAUUACUGAUGGUAGCAGUUCAACAGGAUAUCUCAGUAGUGAUAAAACACCAACCAUCACUGUGACCUUCCCUCAUACUUUAUAUGUGGACCAUCUCAGAGUUUUUCCAUUGUGUUCCAGUUCUUUAAGGAGUAACUACUACAUAAAGACUACAAACAGUACAACUGAAGUAGACCGUACCAAUGGUUAUAUAGAUACAAUAGGCUGUGAUACACAAAGUAAUGCUGAUCAUUAUGGAAAAGUGGUUGUUCAAGAUUAUGUAGACAAGAUCUACAUCCAUUUGCAAGCUACCUCUAUCUAUGCUGGGCUAGCAGAAUUUGAGAUUUAUCUAAGUGAGAACCCUAGUUCUAAUCAACAGGAUGUUUAUUCCAACUCACCUGGAGCUGGCUAUAUUAUUCACAGUGAAGAUCAGAAAUCUGUGUAUGAAUUUGAAAAGUUGACAAUUAAAGGUGGUGGCUCCUUAGAGAUGACAGAUGACAAUGCAGCAUUGUUUGUACAUGAUAUCAGUGGUGACAACACCGGGAGAGUGACUGUAAGACCAAGUCAGAGUUUUAAAACUGACCUUGACAGAGCUUUGAUGGAGUUCAGCGUGCUUACACAGAGAGAUUCAGAACUCCAUCUCCCACCAUCUAUAGAUUGUAGACAUAUAGAUCUGUACAUCAAAGGCCAUUUUGAAGUGAUGGACAAUGUUACUGUUAAUGCCUAUUGUAGCCUAACAAUUGACCACUAUCAGCCCACAACUAAUAUGAUUGAUCACCUAGAUAUAAAAACAUUUGGAGAAGUGAAUGUGCUGACAGACAGCGAGGCGUUAACAACAUUACAGGGAACCACUCUUACAGUCAGAAGUGGAUCUAAGCUAUUCUCCAAUGAUCUGAAAUUAACGUACACCAACAUUACAAUAGAACCGUAUGGUGAGCUGACAGUAGAUGAGGGGGUACCAGAGUUUGAAAGAGAAAUAGGAAUUGGUAAAGGCUCCUCUAGCACAGCUGGAAGUUCUGGUGGUGGCCAUGGUGGUAAUGGAGGUCAAGGUCAAGGUCAGAAUACAGUUGGUGCAGGUCAUGGGUCAUAUCUACAACCAACAACCUUUGGAAAGGAUGGUGGACAUUCCAUGUUCCCUCACAUAGGUGGUAGGGGAGGUGGUAGACUAGAGGUAAAAGUCAGCCAUACUUUAACUAUGGAUGGGUUUCUCACUGCUAAGGGAGGUAACUGGAAGUCUUACAGAGCUGGUGGUGGAAGUGGCGGCAGUAUCUUCAUCAACACAUGGACUAUAGAUGGAGAUGGAACCAUUGACUCUUCAGGAGGGAAUGGCUAUGAUGGUAGUCAGGUUAAUGGCGGAGGAGGAGGAGGCGGUCGUGUUGCACUGUACUAUGUGUAUGAUUUCUUUGUUGGCACAUUUAAGUCAGUUGGUGGGACAAGUGGUAGUGGAGGGGAAAAUGGUGGACCUGGUACUAUAUAUGUUCACAAACUACCAAUAGAAAACCAAGACAUGACCAAAUUUGUCUCCAACAGGACUCUCUUUGUGGACAACCAUGGCAGAGGUCCUAAAAACCCAUUAAGAAACCUGACAGAAGUGUACAACAACUUCACACAAGGUGGUGGUGUGGCUUGGAUUAUUCCAGUGAAAUACCCUGACUUUGUUAUAGAGACCAAGAAUGACACACAAAUUGUUCUGGAAGAACUUCAGAUCUAUCGUCAGGCCCAGCUUGCUGUAGUGAAACCAUCAAACACAAAGUCUAGGAUAGAUCUACUUGUAGAGGCUAUUGAUGGAGACAGGACAGGUCACGUCCACAUAGGAUACAACCAAUCCUUAUAUAUAGGUACUGGAAAACUUCCCAAUGAUUUAUCUGUUUAUCAUGGAGGGGAGGUAACUCUACAAGGUGAACUGAGAGUGGCAGGAGUCGAUGUCAUGAUAGAAGGAGUAAUGAAAAAUGUAGAAAACCUAACUGUCGUUGAUGAAGGUAUACUGAGAAUUAAUGAAAUGUGGGACACAUCUAACAAGAGAGUUGAUGAAAUCAUAUUUAAAGCAUUUAACAUCCGAAAUCGUGGCUACAUGUACAUGAACAAUAACUUGGAAAAGCAUAUCCUGACUGGAGAGGAGCUUAGGGUCUAUCCUGGUGGAUUACUUAAUGCUAAAAACCUUCAGAUAAAUGCACAUACAGUCACCAUAGAUGUCAUGGGUGAAGUAAGGGCAGAUAAUAAUGGAUACUGUGAUGGAGGAGCUGGACAAGGCACUAACUACACAUCCACAUAUACCUAUGGUACAGGUGCUAGCUAUGGUGGUGAAGGAGGGGCAGGUAACUCUGACAGAUCAGCUCCCUAUGCUUAUGGAUCAUUUAAUCGUCCUGCUUUGUUUGGGAGCAGUGGUGGUCACUCAGGUGGUUGUGGUGGUGGAAUUAUCUAUCUCAAUCUGACAUCAGAAGCUAAAGUGGAUGGAACACUGAGUUCUAAUGGACAGGCAGGGUCAAGUACACAGGGUGGUGGAUCAGGGGGUAGUAUUCUGGUCACUACACAAUUGUUUGAUGGAACUGGCUCUAUUGAGGUGACUGGAGGGGCUGGCUAUAAUGGUGGUGGUGGAGGUAGAAUGUCUAUUAUAUAUACCAAAAAUCAUUACAUUGGUGAUUUAUUGUCACUUGGUGGUACAGCUAGCUCUGGGGAGAUUGGAGCUGCUGGGACAGUAUACCUCAGGAAUAUUGGAACAUCCCCUUCAGCAAAUAAACUACAGAUAUAUAACCAGAAAGGAAAUGGGAACCGUAAGACAAAGAUUACUAUCCCAGAUGACAAGAUAGAGGAACAUGAGUUAGACACUUUAGAUCUAGGAACCUAUGCUGAGGUUGGACUGAUGGCCACAGACAAUGAUGGAUACAGGACUGAUGGGGCCAGAAAGCUAACACUGACCACUGUGGCUGGUGACCACACUGCUGGUGUCCAUGUAGAAGAAAACAUGUGGCUUAAUAUUGACUUUAAUUCUACAGCAGUUUUAUCAUUCGAUGUUACUUUAUAUGAGGAAGGAACAGUUAAUUUACCAUUUGACACAUAUCUGAAGGACUGUAGAAUAACCCUUUAUGGUGGACUGUUGAAAGGUGUUGAAACACUGAACAUAUCUUUGGACGGUUCCUUCACGGUGUAUCCUCCUGUCAAACAUAAUUCCACUAGUACAACCGAGGAGAGCUCAUUCUCAAUGAACAGUAUAACCAUACUGGAUGGGGGUCUGUUUGAGUACAAAGGUGAUGCUAGUAACAAUAAUAAGCUGAAUAUCAUGUUAGAUGGAAGUCUUCAUAUAAGAGGAGGAGGAAUAUUCAAGGUCAACAACUUAAACCUGGAAGCUGUUAAUGUGACAAUAGACACAGAAGGGUUGAUAGAUGCCACAGGGCGGGGAUGGAGUCCAGGUCAAGGAACAGGGCCAGGUAUUGCAAGCUCUGAUGGUGGUUCUGGUGGCACUCAUGGUGGCUUAGGAGGACAUGGAAAUGGGAUCACUGCCACAGGUCAGUCCUACAGUAAUGUACAGAGACCAACAGACUAUGGAAGUGGAGGGUCUAUUGGUACUGGUACCUCCAGUGGAGGAGAAGGAGGAGGAAUAGUCUACCUCAAAGCCUUCCACAACAUGGAGGUAGAUGGUGAUAUUAAGGUUGAUGGUAACACAGCAGAAACUCCUACAUCAGGAGGAGGAUCUGGUGGCAGUUUGAUACUGGACACUCAACACUUUACAGGUACAGGAACAAUAUCAGCUAAUGGGGGAGAUGGGGCUGUAGUUGCCCACUGUAGUAAACAUGACAUAGAACGUCGAUGUCUGGAGUGUGAGUCUAGGUAUUUCUGGGUAGGAUAUAACUGUGUUUCAUCAUGCCAAGAAACAAAUAACCACUGCUGUUAUAUUGAUAAUGUCCAUCAUAUAUGCCGCGGAUAUAGUGGUUAUGAUUUAUCACACUGUUACAGAGGAUAUUGUAAAGGAGAAACUAAUGUACAGACUAUAGCUGUUGGAGGAGGAGGUGGAGGGGGUAGAGUAGCUGUAUUUGUUAACGCCACCAACACUUACAGAGGUACAUACAACACCUAUGGUGGGAGGAGUUAUGCAGAACAAGGUGGAUCUGGAACAGUUUUCGUAAAGGCACCUGACUCAGACACAGGACUGACAGAGACGUCACUUUAUAUAGACAAUAGAGACUAUAAACCUAAGUCAACCUAUGUUACUGAUAAAUCUAUGGACACAGGAAAGACCUAUAUUGUAACUACUGCUGAAGAUUCCAUAGAUCCAAUCAAAUUUGACCAUGUGCACAUCAACUCUGCAGCUCAUCUGGUAUUCCUCAACACCUCAUCUAACGCACCUAAUGUUACCAUUGGCUAUCUACAUGGUGACAAGACUGGAAUGCUACAUGUGACCAAAGAACAACCAAUCACUGUUCUAGACAAUAAUUCUCCAUUCCCAUCUUCUUUCAGGAUUUAUGAGAGUGCAGAGUUCAAUAUGCCACAAGCUGUGUAUUUGAUUGGAUUAGAAUAUAAAACAAUUUACAUAGAUGGAGUCCUUACAGGAGCUAAUGAACUUGUUAUUGGACAAGGUGUGAAUUUCCUCAUUGGAGAAAAGAGCCAUACCAUAGGACAGUCUGACAGAGAAUUUAUAUUUGAUACGCUGGAGAUAAAAGCUGAUGGUAAAGUGUCAUCUACAUAUGUUAAUGAACAUGAGUUGUCCCUAAGUCUCACACUCAACACUUUACUCAGAAUCCAUGCUGGAGGCAAAAUACAGGCUCCAUGGUUAGAAGUAACAGCCAAACAAGUACAGAUUGAUGUUGCAGGAGUGAUAGAUUCCAGUGGUGAAGCACCAACAGAUCUGGUAGAGCAAGAUGCUCAAGAUAAACCAGAUGGAGGUGGCUCUGGUGGUGGCAAUGGUGCAGCUGGUGGUCAAGGAAAAUUUCAGCCAUUUGUUGGCCCCCCUCCAAGCUAUGGUUCUAUGUACACGCCCAAAGAAUAUGGUGGUAAUGGUGGAAAAGGGGGAGGAGCCAGUACAUCAGCUGAUCUACAGUGUACUCCACAUGGAUCUUACACUGGAGGUAGAGGUGGUGGUGUAGUUGUCUUAAAUGUGGCUCAAGAUUUACAAUUGGAUGGUGAAAUUCUAUGUAACGGUAAAUCUGGAUCUGGGGGACGUGCUGGAGGAGGAGCGGGAGGAAGUAUCUUUAUAACAACAGGUCACAUGACAGGAACUGGCAUACUGUCAGUCAAAGGAGGAGAUGUUACAGGAAGUUCUACUUGUCUUGGGGGAGGUGGUGCAGGAGGAAGAAUAGCUGUCCAUUACACUAACUACACUUACUCUGGAACAAAAGAUGCUUAUGGUGGAAGCGGACAUGAAUGUGGAGGAGCAGGCACAGUGUUGUUUAAAGAUUUAUCUGAUAAUUCUAAUAGUCUACUGGUUGAUAACAAUCAUGUAUGUUCACCCCUCAAACCAAAUAUUAAUUUUGAUGAAUUGUCAGACAUAGGAAGAAAAGAAUACAGCUUCCACACUUGGGUAUUUGAUCAUUCUGACUGUGAUCAUAAUGUUGGCUGUUCUCACUCCUUCAAGGAAAUCACAAUCCAAGGUAAAGCACACCUGGCUGUCCAUAGAAGAAACAUCGACACACAUACACAAUUCAUAACAAUCUACAAAACCUCCGGAGAUAAGACAGGUACGUUCCAUGUUGGACCUCACCAGGAACUGACUGCAGACCUACCGGAAGACAGCCCAGAACUACAGUAUGGUCUCAUCAUAUACCCAGAUGGACAGAUGCAGACUGCCAGAAAUUUUGUUGUUAAUAAUAUCACUGUGGAGUUGGAAGGUAUACUGACUGGAGUUGAAAAUCUCAGAAUUGGCCCUGGUGGACAUGUUAUUAUCAAACCAUAUGGAAAUGCUACAACAGGUGUAACUAAGGAGAUAACCUUUACAGAGGUCAUAGUUGAAGGAGGUGGUAUCUUAGAGAUAGAUAGUGGUGGAGAUGCAAUGAAACUGAUUGGUACAAAGAUACAUGUAGAAAGUGGUGGUAUUAUACAGGCAGACUUCCUUGAUCUUGUGGUGUCCGAACUGAUUGUUGAUGAUUCAGCACAGAUACAUGCUAAUCAUAAGGCGUCAUCAUUUGGAGGUGGCAUUGGAGUGGCAGAUGAUAAAGCAGGAGCAGGUCAUGGUGGCAUGGGUGGUAAAGGCACUGUUGCAGACUCUGGUGGCUAUUUUUAUGGGGAUGUCAAAUCUCCAAGACAUUUUGGUAGCAAUGCCAAAUACAAUAAGAUAGAAGUUUAUGGAGGGGGUAUCAUUAAUAUUGUUGCCAGUGUAUCAUCUAGUAUUGAUGGUACUAUAAGCUGUAAUGGACAGGAUGGUAAAUCUGGUAGUGGAGGAGCUAGUGGGGGAAGUAUAAGGUUACAGACUGAUGCCCUAUAUGGAAAAGGAAAACUUCUAGUAAAUGGUGGUCAAGGCAGCAGUGGAGCUGGCAGUGGAGCAGGAGGUCGUUUAGCUGUGUAUUACACAUCUUCAGAAUACACAGGGGAUUUCACUGCUUAUGGUGGACACUCUUCAUCAGGUUAUGGGGGAGCAGGCACAGUGUAUGAGUCUUCCAGUACAAAAACCAAACUGAUUAUAGAUAACAAAGAAGCUCACACUGUAAAGGAACUGGUUGAUAAUAUGGAUGCAGACACCAUUUUUAGAAGUGAUGGAAGUAGAACUUGGAUAACGUUUGACAAUAGUAAUACACUUGAAGUCAAUGAGUUAUAUCUUCGUAAAGGAGCUCACUUAGCCUUGGAACCUAGUUCUAGCUCUUCUAAAAUACAUUCUCUAACAGCUCAGAGCUUCUAUGGUGAUGAUGAUUUUGUGACUGCAACAUCAAAUAUUGGUACCUUACAUGUUGGUGUGCAUCAGGUGAUAACCAUUAGACAAGUGUCCCUUUAUUUCCCAGCACAUGCCAAAGUUUAUGCAGGUGGUACUUUAACACUGCCAUCUACUGUUAAAAUGUAUGCAACAAACAACUUGGUCCAUGGAAAGUUAGGAGGACUUCAGGAACUAACUAUGAUAAAGUCAACCCUUGAUGUGCGAGAAACUGGAAAAUCUCACACCACUCCAUCAACAUUCCAGCUGUCUAACUUGUACCUCCGACAAGGAAGUAAAAUGUUAAUGACGGAUGAUGUUCAGUAUAACCUUGCAGUGAACAAACUAUUAAUAGGAGCGUCAUGUGAGAUAACCACAGGGAGGCUCACUGUGGAGGCUACUGAGUUUGAAUCAGAAGAAGGAGGAGUUAUAAACUUGAAUGCGAUGGGAGAUAUAAAUAGUGGAGAUGGUUAUGCAUCUCACAAUGCUGGUGCUGCCCAUGGAGGUGAAGGAGGAGGUAUUGGUAAUGGUACAGGAGGAUCUGCAUAUGAUUCCUAUCUUAAACCCUCAUCCCCUGGCUCAGGUGGUGUCAGCACACAUGGAGGGGGGGUGUUACAUAUACAGGUCACAACAUUUACACAUAAAGGAGAUAUUACUGCAGAUGGUGAGAGUGCCAAUGUAACAAGUGGUGGUGCCUCUGGAGGAAGUGUUUGGGUGUCAACAUCAGUUGCUCAAGUCACUGGUACAAUAAGUGUGAAUGGGGGAAAUGGUAUGUCAGGAGGAGGGGGAGGCGGAGGUCUGAUAGCGAUUGAAUACAUCAGUGGUAAUAUAAAUGGUAAUUUGAGAGCUUACGGCGGCAAAGGUGAAGGAAGUUUCAAAUCAGGAGCAGCUGGAGUUGUCUACCUUGCCAAGGAUAUCAAUUCUCUAGAACCUGACAGAAAGAUAAUAAUUAACAACCGGGAUACAGUAACAGAUGCAAUCAGCAGAAUACCUGUACCUAUUACUGAGUUCUCCGUCACGAUAGAUAAAAUACAGAUUGAAACCCACUCUACAGUAGCUUUUACAGAGAGAGGUAGUGUAGGUUUUGCCCUUAGUGCUACCGUGGGAGACAUAAUAGGAGAAACAUUUACAACUUUUACUGUUGACAAAUAUAAUGAAGUAUACCUAUCAACUAAGUAUCCCUCAGCUGUCAGUGAAUUGACAUUAAAGACGUCCAUACAUGUCUCUGAAUAUGGCAAACUUGAACUACCAGAGAAUGUUGUUAUUGAUAAAGAUCACCUACUAGAGAUUUGUGGAACAUUGAUGCCAAAGACCAGCAAUCUUUACAUCAGAGACAGUGGUACCGUGAAAGCUGGGAAUCCUGCUCGAACAGGAAGCUCUUAUGUUGAUGAUACAACUACAAGUGUAUUAACAUUUUCAUCAAUAAUUAUAGAUCAUAAUGGAAAAUUUGAACAUUCAGAAAAAUGUCUUAAAUCAAAUCAGGCAACAACCUUAAUAACUCACAGUUACAGCACGUCUGGUGGAUACUCUGUUACUGAUAGUGGUUUUGAACUUCAGGCAACUGAAACCAAUGAAAUAAGUCCAUUGUUAAAUGCCACAUGUGACAGUACAACUGAUUUGUUGAUUUACCGAGAUACUCAUUGUGAGUUGGCAGCAAAGGCAUACUCUUAUAACAGCAUUGUGAUUGAAGCAGGAGGGAAACUUAUCCUGACUGGUGAUCCAGCUGGUAAAAACUUUACAAAGAUAACUGUCACCAAUCUGGAAAUCAAAUAUGGGGGAAUUAUAGAAGGAACAGGUAAAGGCUUCAGAACUAAUGGGCUAGGAGCACCAGGCAGCAGUAGUGCAGGAGCUAGUCAUGGAGGAAGUGGAAAAAAUAAUCCAAACAAAAUUUAUGGGAACAUCAUAUCUCCUAAGGCAUAUGGAAGUAAUGGGUUUGGUGCAUCUUUAAGUUCUGGUUCAGGUGGAGGUCAGAUUGAGUUGAACGUCACUAAUAAGUUCACAUUGAAUGGCGAGAUUAAUAUGAAUGGUCAGAAUUCCGCAACAUCUGGUGGCAGUGGUGGAAGUAUACUGGUAACAGCUAAGGACAUGUCUGGAACAGGAACACUGUCUACUGUUGGUGGAUCUGGAGGAGGAGGGGGAGGACGUAUUUCUAUUAAAAUCUCUAGAACAUAUAAUUAUGAAGGAGAUAUCACAGCAGCAGGAAAUGAGGCAUCACCAGGAACUGUAUAUGUUUCCAAGGUUGUAUCUGGAUCUCAAUACACCAUGUUGAUUAUAGACCAACCAGGCACCACAGAAGUUGACAGUGGUCUAUCUCUACCAAGCUCUCUAAGUGAAGUCCAACUAACCAAUGAUGCCUCAUUAUCACUCAAAACAACUUUGACAAUCAAUAAACUCACUUCUGAUGGAUCUGUCUCAGUUACUGUAGCCCAAAAUGCUGAGCUAAUUAUAUCAGUGUUUGGUGAACUUGAUCAUGGCUGUCAGUGUAACUUCGACAUUGAAGCAGGUUCAACACUCAGAAUAAAUACUGAUUUUGAUCUGACAGGAACCAAUCCUUCAUUGAAUUUACAUGGAACACUUAUAGCACAGAACUUCAGAGUAUGGGACCAUGGUACUGUUAUAAUAGAACCUACUGGUAACCUACAAGUCACAACAUUUGAGUUACAGGAAUAUACCACGAUGGAACUGAAAUCUGGAGCAACAUACAGUAAUGUUCAGUCUAUAAUGCUAGGCUAUAACUCCACUCUGAUUUUACAUGAUAACCCAGUGAGUUGGUCUUUAUCAACUUUCCAUAUGAAAGUCAAAUCAUCUUUAACUAUGAAAUCUGAUGAGAAAUCUUUUACCUUGGUGGCCACUGAUGUUACCAUUGAGGAUGAUGCUGUGCUAUCUGUGUCUGCUAGUGGUUCCCUCACAGGAUCAGGGGCAGGCAAUGCUGAGAAUGGGGCCAGUUAUGGUGGCGAGGGAGGUGGCAGCAUUGACAAAACAUAUGGAUCAACUACCUCUCCAACAAAUGCAGGAAGUGGCUGCACUACUGUCAGAGGAGGAGGAAUUAUUUCUAUAACUGCCACAACAAUAUCCAUUGAUGGCAUGAUAUCAGCUGAUGGUGGUAAUAGUGAAUCAACAGGAGGUGGAAGUGGUGGCAGCAUAAAGAUAACUGGAGACAGUCUGGAAGGUCAUGGUACCAUCUCUGUCAAUGGAGGUACCAGUACAAAUAAAGGUGGUGGUGGUGGAGGUCGUAUGGCUUUAGAUGUCAAGGUCAUCACCUCAUUCUUAGGUGCGACAACAGCCUUUGGUGGAUCUGGAGGAACUAAACAUGGAGCAGCAGGAUCUGUAUACAAACAAUAUCAACUGUCAGGUGGAGCUCCAAAAACAGAACUGAUGGUGGACAAUAACAAAUUAGUCACAGACUCAAGGACAGUUAUAAAUAGUAUCACUACAGUGUCAGAGCUUCAGUUGGCUAGAAAUGCUAAAGUUGUCUUUGAUUCAAGUGGUUCAUCAAAUAUUGAGAUAGAGCUUAUUGAAGGAGAUUAUACUGGCUUAUUAACUGUGCAGAAAGCACAAUAUUUUGUAGUAGCCACUAGCUAUGGUACCCAGUAUCCUUUCUCACUACCAUGUAAAAUGUUGAUAGAGAAUGGUGGCUUUGCAACACUGCCUGCCAAACUCCUUUUGCAAGAUGAAACUGAUGAUGAAGAGCUAAACUUAGACAUUCAAGGAAAUGUGAUUGCACUUCGGCACUUGAUAGUAGGUUUAAAUGCUAAGGCAUACAUCAGCUACAAUGCUCACAGUGGCCUGACCACAACACAGUUAUCUGAUCUUGGAACCUUUUCUAUAACAAAUCUUGAUGUCACCACAGAUGGAAAGCUAGAACUUGCACUAGAUUCAUCAAAUAGAUAUAAAUUAGAAAUCCUGAGUGAACUUAACAUAAAAUAUGGUGGUGAAAUGAGUGCCAGAAAUCUUUAUAUAGAUGUACCCACCCUACAGGUAGCUUAUAAUGGUUUACUGAGUGUAGAUGGAGGUAACCAUGAACCAGGAUCUGGUGUUGGUCAGGAUGGUUCCGGAGCAAGUCAUGGAGGCUCGGGAGGAAGUUCAAGUUCUGGAGGAAAACCACUGGUCACUUAUGUUGGACAUGUCUUUACUGCAGAUGAAUUUGGAUCAGCUGGUGGAAAUAAAACAACAGGUGGCAUUGGUGGUCUUGGUGGUGGCAUUGUCAAAUUGAAGGUGACUGACACACUGACCUUGAGUGGAAUGAUCAGUUCCCAUGGAAACAAAGGUGAUAAUAGUGGAGGAGGAGGAAGUGGUGGUUCUGUUUCCAUAGAAACAGUAGACAUGUUAGGAUCUGGUUCAGUUUCAGUGAUUGGUGGAAAUUCUACCUCAGGAGGCGGUGGUGGUGGUGGUAGAGUCUACAUGUACUGUACUGGAGACUAUAACUACACUGGGACAUACAAACUGAAGGGAGGUAACUCGGAUACUGCUCAGGCUGGUGGGGCUGGAACAGCAUACCUUAAGUACACAUCUGGUAAUAUUUUGUAUCGUAAAUUACUAUCUGAUAAUGCUGAAAUUACUGGAAAUAGUAUAGCUGCUACACAUAUUGAUACACCUGGAGUACCAUCAAUUGAAGUUGAUGAAAUGGAAGUUGGAGACAAGACUACAAUUAAAGUAACAACAUCAGGUCUUCACUUUACAGCAUCGGUGUUGGUGUGUGGAUCUGAAUCCCUCCUGGUUAUACAAGACAAUGUAAUAUUUAGUGCUGAUAUAGAGAGCUCCUACAGUAAAUUGACUUGCAGUUUACAUAUAGAAGAACUAGGUGAAGCUAGACUGCCCAAAACAGUGGAAUUACUUGGAGCAGAUAAUCAGUUUAAAGGAACACUCACCAAUAUCCAGACCCUAAUAGUAUCUUCUGGUCAAGUAGCCACAUUUUCUAAAAUGACCAGAACAGCUACAUACAAAGAUGGUGUAUUGACAGCACAGGAAGUCGGAGCCUACAGAUUUGCUAAGUUCACCAUCAAAGACUAUGCUACAGUUACAUUUGAAACGACAGGGAAAGUACUACAGCUGACCAUAUUGGAGUUACAUUAUGGUUCUACUCUGAAGGGAGAGAGAAUAUUACUCCAGAGUAAUGAAAUCUUAUUACAGCCUGGUUCUACUAUAGAUCUAUCUGGUGGAGGAUAUGCUGCUGAACAAGGCCCUGGUAAAGGCUUACAGAUAAGUGGUGAAGAUUUAGCAACUGGAGCAGGAUAUGCCAGUCCUGGUGGUUCUCCAACAGAAUCCAAUACAGGUGGUGACAUCUUUAAUUUGGUCAGAGUACCAGGUGAAGAAGGCAGUGGGGGAGGUAACUCUUCCUCUGGAGUGGGAGGAGCUGGAGGAGGGUAUCUGAAGAUUGAGACAUUCUAUGAUCUCACGAACUAUGGUGAAAUCAAAGUAGAUGGUGUAAGCGCAACAGGAAGUGGAGCUGGAGGUGGCAGUGGUGGGACUAUUGUGGCUCACUGUAGGAACCUUCUCGGUGAUGGCACUCUAUCAGUGAAUGGAGGUCAAGGAUCAGGCAAGGGAGGAGGAGGUUCUGGGGGAAGAAUGAAAUUUAUUUUGACUCAAAGUUUUGACUUUGAUGGAAAAAUAACUGCUUAUGGAGGAGGAAAUGAUGAUAAUCUGAACACUGUUAAGGCUGGAGCUGGUACCAUCUACAUACAAGAUGGCACAGGGAACAGUUUAUUGAAUAGGUUAUGGAUUAUUGGGGACACAGAAUCAUCAGUACAGAAACAGACACACACACUCAUCUCAGGAACAACAUCUAAUGACUUCUACUACAAUGUUCUAUCCCUCAAAGGAUAUUCCUAUGCUGACAUAGAGGGAGCCACUACAUUACUUAGAAUUGAUAACAUCAAUGGUGACAACACUGGAACACUAAAUGUCCAAAAUCAACAAAUUUUGAAAGCUGAAGUAUUUGAAGGUGAACAGAGGCAUUUCAUCACAAAUAUAAACAUAGAUCUUGCAGAGCAGGCCACGUUACAUGUCCCUCUAAACAUGACUGUAAGUGGCUGUACUGUUACCCUGAAAGGAAGAGUCACUUUUAACAACCUUAUUGUGGAAAACGGAGGUACAGUUAUUCUAGAGCCUACUUCAAUGACUGCAACAUACUCUGGUGGUGUUUAUGACGUCAGUGCCUCAACACCAGGAGUGUACUCACUAGGUUACAUUGGACUGAAAUUUGGAUCCACUUUCUCCCCGUCAGUUGGCUUACAAUUGAUAGCUGUUUCCAUGGAUAUAAAGAGAUAUAUUGUUCUAUAUUCUGACUUUGUUGACCUGAAAAUAGCCACAUUAACAAUGGAACGUGGUGCUGAACUGAAUGUUGUAGGUAAAGCAUUAGAUAGUGAGGCUCCAUCAACAGCUCAUGGUACUAAUAACAAUGGAGGAUCAUUUGCCAGUGAGGGUGGAGUUGGUAAUGGUUUCAAUUUAUCUACUACUUCUACACCCUAUGGAUCCCUCUAUGUUCCCUUACUGAAAGGAUCAAAAGGUGGCAAUGGAGGGCAGGGAGGUGGAUAUAUCUCUAUACAGACAGAUAUAUUUACCUUGGAUGGUAUCUUGAGAGCUAAUGGUGAUUCCUCUACCAGUGGUGGUGGUGGCAGUGGUGGCAGUAUAUAUGUCAAAUGUGCCACCAUGUUGAAAGGAUUUGGUCUAAUGGAGAGUAAUGGAGGAGAUACAAGUAGUUUGACAGCAGGAGGAGGAAGUGGUGGUAGAAUUGCUGCUUUUUCAGAGGAGGAUCUAUAUACUGGUGUAGGAGCAUACAGAGCUAAAGGUGGUGAUUCGUCAGCAACAAAUGGUAGAGGUGGUCCUGGUUCUAUUUACACUAAAAUUGGUAGUGGAAAGAAUGAAUUUGAAACUUUGACUGUAGAUAAUGAAAAUGGUCAAACUGUUCACUAUUUAACACUAAAUGAAAACAAUACAGAUAUCAAUUUUGAUCUGCUUAAUGUUGAAAAUUAUGCCAAGCUUCAAGUGACAGAAGAUGGAAAGAAUAGAUUGCUUAAUGUCAAGAGUGUAAAUGGGGAUGGAACUGGUUUAAUCAGAAUGAGACAAAAUCAAAUUGGUACCUUGGAGAGGUUCUCCUUAGAUGUACUCAUCUCAAAAUUAGAGAUUAAUCUUGAACUUCAUAAUGGUGGGGAAUUCAUUUUAUCCGAGACCACAACAAUCUUAGGAAAGGGCACGACUGCCUUGGAUCUUGACGGAAUAAUGAGGGGAGCUGUCAACUUGAUUGUUGGAACAACGAGACACAUGAGAAUGGGCUCCAAUGCUUGGAUCAUACCACUUAAAGCCACAGAAUUGUCAACCCAAGCAAGAGUAUCAUUUGGACUCUUACAACUUGACCCUGGAAGCUCAUUGGACUUUGAUGAGAAUACAGGAGCAGAAAUGUUAGUAGGAACACUAAAUGCCAAAUUCAAGUCAAGAAUAACAGCAGAUUAUUUCAAUGUCUCCUGUUCAAAUAUCAAUAUUGAGUUGGAAGCAAAACUAUCUGCAGCCAGUGGAGAUAGAAUAGGCUCAGAAAAUAUUGACAUUCUAAGUGGUAAAGCUAAUGGAACGUAUGGUGGUGCAGGCCAUGGUGGAGUAGGUGGUGGAUCAAAAUCCAUUGCUGGGGAUUCCUAUGGGUCCAUUUACCGCCCUAAAGUUGCUGGAAGUCGACCACAUUCAACUGGUGGAAGAGGAGGAGGUAAAAUCUAUUUAAAAGCCGGUUUAUCGGUCAUCAAUGAUGGUGAGAUCUCAGUCAAUGGCAGCAGUUCAGCCCUCGGUGGUGGAAGUGGAGGUAGUAUUUGGAUAGAAACCUAUUACAUUGAAGGGUAUGGUGUUUUCUCCACUGUUGGAGGAAGUGGAAGUGGAUUAUAUGGAGCAGGGUCAGCUGGAAGGAUAUCUAUUGAUUCUAAACUGGUGAUAGAAUAUGAAGGAGAAUAUUAUGCAUUCGGAGGAGCAGGGUCAACUGAUGAACUUGCUGCUGGGGGAGGUACUGUUUAUUUAGAGGAUAUUAGAAAAGGUGUGGCUUACAGAAGAUUAAUGUUAGACAACCUGGAUAGAUCAAUAGAAAAGUACUCCACUAUAGAUGAACAGACACAGACAGAGUUUUACUUUGAUGAAGUUCAUAUUAUGAGGAAGGCAUCUUUACAAGUUAGAGACAAAGGAAUAGAUAUAUUUAUGGACAUAAGACAGUUAUAUGGUGACAGAACUGGUCUGUUACAUCUUCACAAUAAUCAACGCUUUAUUGUGGAGUAUGAACAAGGCAUAAGACAAGCCCUGACCUCUGGUGUCAACUUCAUAGUGGACGAUGGAGGAGAAAUCAUUAUACCAGCUAUAUCUUAUAUCUAUGGCAAAGGUGUUGACAUGACAGGUUACACAGAAUCUAGAUCUGUACAAAUAUAUGGCAGAUUUACAGGUGUAGCAAACUUAGCUUUGGGAUUCGAAACUCUUAUUUAUCUUGGUCAGAAUGGUCAUACAGCCAUGUUAGGAGAUGGAACAUAUUCUGACAAAGGAAAGACAUAUUUGUACAAGGAUGAUAAUGGACAAACAACAUUUGGUUCUGUUGACCUUAGAGCAUUUUCCACAAUACAGUAUGCUCCAGACAAACCAAUGCUCACUAAUAUUGGCAAAAUAGACUGUAGAUACAAGGCAACAAUCUCAGCUGAAAGUAUUUACCUAAAUACCAGUACAUUCAACAUUGAAGCUGGUUCUAAAGUAACAACUUCAGCCACAGACAGAACUUUGGAUACGCUAGAUAAUACUCAAGGGUCUGGUAUCAGUGUAAUCACCUCAGAGGUUGCCACAGGGGGAGGACAUGCCAGCAAAGGAGGUGCUCUCUAUGAUCAAACAAGUCAUACUUCAAUCCGUGAAGGAGGUGGUUAUUAUGGCAGUAUGUAUACACCUGAUUUGAGAGGGAGUAGAGGAGGUAACAGUGUCAGUUCUAAUGGGGGUAAAGGAGGAGGUAUUAUUGACCUCAAUAUAGCCAAGCACCUGUUGGUAGAUGGAGAGGUUUCAGCUGAUGGUUCUGAUGGUGCAACAUUAGGAGGUGGGGGAAGUGGAGGUAGCAUCUAUAUUAAAUCACACAACCUAGAGGGACAUGGUGUUAUUGGCAUUAAUGGAGGAAAUGGUGCAUCAGGAGGGGCAGGAGGUAGGAUUGGUCUUCACCUAGAUACAGAGAUCUAUUACCAUGGACAUUACAACAACCUUGGUGGCAGUGGUACACAUGGCUACUUAUCUGAUGGGGGUCCUGGAUCUGUUUAUAUCAAGGAUACACGAAAUGGAAGGGAUUACGAACAGCUCCACCUAGAUAACAACAAACGCACAUGGGACCAUUACUUCAUUCUGGACGAGCCUGGUAAAACAAAAUAUUACUUUGAUGAGGUUCACUUAUUCAAUAAUGUAACAUUACAACUGAAAGAAGGUAUUGUGAAUAGGACACUAACAACUACUAAAGUGUAUGGAGAUAAGAGUGCCAGAAUUCAUCUAAAACAAAAUCAUAUCGCUUACAUAGAGGAAUUUCAGAAUCUAACUAAAGAACCAAUCAACUUAUGGAUUGAAGAUGGAGGUGUGGCAUUCCUGUCACCACUGGUCUAUAUGUUGGGACAGGGAGAAAUUGCCUUCAAAUGGUUUGGUGAGAUGGUAGGAGUGAGGCACUUGAGGAUUGUACCUGGUAGGAAAAUAAGCAUAGGACCAAUGGCAAGAACAAGCUUUAUAGAUAAUGGAGAAUAUGCAAGAGGAGUAGCUGGGUGGUUUAAGUUUGCCAGUUUAGAAGAAGGUGCUGAAGCAAUAAUGGAACUACCACCUCCAAUGGAGCUAAAACUUUCUGUGGGAUUCUUGGAUAUAAAAUACAGUGCUUUGUUUAAAGCUGAUGCAUUCUUAAUAGAGGCUACAGAUUUUUACUUGGAACCAUUAGCAAGUUUCCAGUGUAUAGCUACUGCACCAUUAGGAGGCAUUGGUCAACCAACUGUCAUUUCAGCAGGGGCAGGGCAUGCAACAUUGGGUGGAGGUUCUCCAGGAAAUUCAAAUAAUGGUGGGGCAUCCUAUGGAUCUCUGUAUAAACCAAAUGACUCAGGAAGUCAAGGAGCCAAUAGUUCUAGUGGUGUGGUUGGUGGCAGAGGAGGUGGCAAGGCUAAAAUAAUAGUGGGAGCUAUAAUGAUCACUGAUGGUAUGAUUGAAGCUGAUGGAGGAGAGGGUUCAAACCUCAGUGGAGGUGGCAGUGGUGGCUCAAUCUGGAUUAUUGCUGGAUCAUUUAGAGGUCAUGGUAAACUGUCAGCCAUUGGAGGUAAAGGUCAUACUACUGCAGGAGGAGGAGCUGGAGGCAGAAUUGGUAUUCAUGCCCGAGACAACAAUGAGUAUGGAGGGAAGCUCUUGGCCUAUGGAGAAACAGGGACUACAGCAGGUGACAGAGGAGGUCCAGGGACUGUGUUUGUUGAGGAUAAGACUGGAAUAUUUACAUACCAAAGUCGACUGUAUCUGGAUGGUAAAAACCUAGAUCCACCUAAACCUGUUAUUGUCAACGAGAGGAAUCCUAGGAACAUAACUAAUGGUGAUGAGAUUGAUAAUGAUGCUGACCUGAACUUCGAUCAUCUUAUGCUGAAUAAUAUGGCCAUGCUUGAAAUUGCUGAUGGAGGAGAUAACAUUGAUUCAAUCAAUUUGGGACUGAUCCUAGGGGACAAGUCAGGCUAUCUACAUAUACAAGACAAACAGAAAUUCUAUAUUGAAUUUGAUAAAUUCAGUGUUUUGAGAUCUUCCCCUCCAAGUAAUUUCAUUGUCAGAUAUGGUGGAGAAAUGUGGGCAUCAGCUGACUUCAGACUGAUAGGUAGUGAAGUACCAGCCCUGGACCUAGAUGGACAUUUGGCUGGUGUGAUGAAUUUGACCUUAGAUGAAGGAAGAGCUGUACAUAUUGCACAGACAGCUACAAAUAGUAGAUGGAUGGGUGGCCAAUAUGUUACUUUAGAUGGAGGCACAAUUGGAUUUGGACAUUUAUCUAUGCAGGCUAUGACAGAAAUCAUACAUGACACAGUUCUGAAAUUAGAGGUGUCAGACCUAAUGAUGAGGUAUGACUCUCACAUUACUGCUGAUAAUAUCACAAUCAUAGCUGGUACCAUACAUAUGGAAGGAGAGGCUAAACUCAACACAUCAGGGAGGAGUGUAAUAUGGGAUUCACCAGGAGAUGGAAUGGUUGAUAAUGGGGGAUUUGGAGUCGGUGGAAGUCAUGGUGGAUAUGGUGGUGGAAAUGUGCAAUCAAAUUAUACGACAGCUCAAUGUUAUGGAUCAUACAAGAAGCCACUACACCCAGGCAGUAAAGGAGGCGGAGCUAAUAAAGGACAAGGAGGAGGAGUUGUUGAUGUGGAUGUGGCUAGAUACCUACAUUUGGAUGGAAUAUUAAUGAGUCUAGGUGGCAAUGCCACAGAUACCAACAGUGGAGGUGGCAGUGGUGGCAGUAUCCAUGUUGUUGCUGUCAACUUCUCAGGACAUGGUCUGGCUACCACUGAAGGUGGAGUGGGUCACAAUAAUGGACAUGGAGGUGGUGGUGGAAGGAUUGCUGCCCAUGUCACAUGGUACAGGGAAUAUACUGGUGAUUAUAUUACCUAUGGUGGCUAUAGUGGCUCUUCUAGGACUGACAAUGAUAAGAAUGGUGCCGCUGGAACUAUCUACUUCACUGAUUCUAACACUGAAGGACUGACAGCUAAAGAAUAUGUUAACACUACUGAAGGUUUGGUGUUUAAGGAUGGAUUUGUGAAAUUGUACAUUGAUAAUGACAACAGAAAUCAUAUCUCACCCACUAUAAUAACAACAGAUGAUGGCAAUUAUGAAUUUGAGUUUGAUGAACUGGAGGCAAAUAAUCAUGCUGUGUUACAGAUGUAUGGAUCAACAUCAGAACUGAUAGUCCAUAAAUUUGAUGGUGACAGAACAGGUCUUAUGCAUAUCUUAGAAGGUCAAGUUAUUCAUGUAGAAUACAAGGAAUCCACAACAGGCUAUACUGUAGCACCUGUAAGCUACAAAGUAGAAAAAGGAACAGAAAUUGUUUUGCCAUCCACUGUUAUUAUGUUAGGAACUAGAAGUGAACUUCAGGGUCUGAUGACCAAUGUCCAGAAUCUUACUAUUGCUGAAGGAGCUGAUGUGGAAUUUUACUCAACCUCACAAACAGCUCUAAGAGAAAAUGGAACCUAUACACAUAUGACAAAGCCAGGGAAUAUCAGUCUUACCAUAUUUACAAUCCAGAGAGGGUCAGUGGCUAGAUUUACUGAAACAGAAGCUGACCUUGUGUUACAGCUUAUCAAAUUCCAUAUUAUGUACGAGGGACUUGUAUACAUGACAGAUGGGACUAUUUACUCUGAUGAAGGAGUAGUUGAAAGUUUGGCAUUCUUGUACUUGGAUUACAUGGGAUAUGGUCCUCAGUCUGGUCCUGGGAAUGGAAGUACUGAUGGAAAUGUAGGUUAUGGUGGAGCUCAUGGUGGCCAUGGAGGUGCCACAAAACCAAAAACAGGUGGAAUUCCAUAUGACUCUGUCUAUAUUCCUAAAGACGAAGGCAGUGGUGGAGGAAAUGGCCUGGGAACAGGAGGAAGAGGAGGAGGUUAUCUAGUUUGGAAGGUUGGUACACACUUGUGGAUCGAUGGAGAAGUGACUAUGCAAGGAGAAAAUGGUCAGGGAAUUAAUGCAGGAGGUGGCAGUGGUGGAGGUAUUUUUAUUGAAACCCUCAAUUUCACAGGUUAUGGUCAUGUGGACUGUAGUGGAGGUAAUGGAUCCAUCUCAGGAAGAGGCGGAGGAGGAAGUGGUGGUAGAAUAGGUCUCUUAAUCCAUUUUGACAGAAGAUUUGCAGGAUUACUGAAUGCUUAUGGAGGUUAUGGUUCAAAUGGAAUGCUUUCAGGAGCUGCUGGUACUGUUUUCAUUGAGGAAACAAAUAGGGGACCAGAUUAUGAGGAUAUCAAAUAUGACAAAGUUCUAAAUGAAACAAUUAGAAUUGGAAACCACCGUAGAAUUUUGAUUGACAAUAAUGAUAUUGAUGCCUACUUGUAUGUGAAUCAUGGUGAGCCAUGGUUAUAUUCAAGUGUAAAUGAAGGUGAAAUCACCAGCUAUGCUUUUGAUGAAAUGGAUGUGAGAGGACAUGCUAAUUUGGUUUUUGAUUAUCCACCCUCUGGGGCAGAUGUUGAAGUUAUAGUACAUGAAAUGCAAGGGGAUUUAACUGGACUAAUUCACAUUAGACAGAGACAGACUUUGUUUGUAGAAGUUGUUGAAUCUGUAUCUAAUGAAACAUAUGCACCUGUAAGCUUUAAAAUUGAUGCCAAAUCUGAAGUUUUGUUCCCUGAAAUUGUCAAUCUUGUUGGUAGAAGGAAUUGGUUUGCAGGUCUGAUCACAGGUAUUGAAGAAUUACUCAUAAGAGGUGGAGCUGAUGUUAUUUUCUUUUCAACUGGUCACACAGCAUUGUUAACUAAUGGAACAAGAAUUCGCAUUACACCACAAGGAAAUUACGAAUGGGCCAUACUCAAAGUAAUGAGGAACUCGAAAGCUAACUUCCAACAAAUUUCUAAUCCUAUGUCUAUUACAGUGGCAGAAUUUUAUGUCAAAUACGAAGGUUUAUUACUUAUGAAUUUAGCACUAAUUAGAUCAAGCUAUGGAAAUGUUGAAGCUGAAGGAGAGUUUAACCUGAAUGCUGUUGGAAAUCCUGCAGAGACGGGUUAUGGAAAAGGUUUGACUGAAGGUUCAGUUGGUUGGGGCGCUGGCCAUGGAGGUUGGGGAGGUGGACCAGAACCAGAUUUUGGUGGUAUACCAUACAAUUCUCUCUUUAAGCCAGGUAAUGGUACUGCUUAUCCAACCAUGGAGUAUGCUGGUAGUGGUGGUGGCAAUGGAGGAGGAACUGGUGGGUCUGGGGGUGGAUUCCUAGUCUGGAAAGUGGGUUCUCUGCUGGAAAUGGAUGGAAUUCUGACUCUAAAUGGUGGAGAUGGAUCGUCUAGCAAUUCAGGAGGUGGAAGUGGAGGGAGUUUAUUGAUAGAGGCUCUAAAUAUGACUGGUCAUGGUGAAAUCUUGGUUGCUGGUGGUAAUGGUGUUGGUAGUGGUGGUGGUGGAGCAGGAGGAAGGAUCGGUGUACACUGUGAAUGGAGGUACUCCUAUGGCGGAGAAUAUCAUAACUAUGGUGGUGAUGGUGGAGGGUCAUACUCCUCAUCACGAGCUGGAGCUGCAGGAACUACAUUUGUACAAGAAAAUUCAAGACCAAUAGAAUAUCGAGCUAAGAAAUAUGACCCUGUGCAUAACAUGACAUAUUUUGAUGUCGACCACAAAUAUAUGCACACAGAUAACCUUUUGAAGUAUAGUCCAGCAGCUACUCUAAUAAUGGAAAACUAUAGAUACAGUUAUGUUUUCAAUGAGACAGAAUUAACAGGGAGUUCUAGACUGAUGAUUUACCAUCCAAACAAUGCUACAAGAGUUGAUGUUGACAUUCACCUUUUUAUUGGAGACAAGACAGGUGUUUUAAUUAUUAAAAAUGAUCAGCAUGUUGUUGUUGAAAUCACUGAAGCAAUAUUUAAUCGAACAGAAGCCCCUUGUGGGUUUGAUCUUCAUGCUGGCGGAGAGAUUUACCUCCCAGCAGAGACUCAUUUACAUGGAGCUGAUAGUACCUUUGCUGGACUUAUAACUGGAGUAGCUGACUUAUAUGUAGAGGAUGCAACUGACAUUGAAUUCCACUCCACAGCAUAUACGGCCUUGGUUGAAAAUGGUACAUACUACAAUGUUAAAGAACCAGGAAACUUUGCUUGGGAUACAUUGACUGUAAAGAAAGGUGGGACUGUAGGUUUCCUGAAAAUAACAGAGGCUAUGCAUAUUUGGAAUAGUGAAACAAAAGUCAAGUAUUUUGGAAAUCUGUACAUGAAUGAUGCCAUCAUUGACUCUUCAUAUGCCUGGAUUGAAAGUGAAGGAAUAUUCCAUCUGAAUGGACAUGGUCAUGGACCUGAGGAAGGCUAUGGUGCUGGCCACACAAUCAGUAAUCAAGGUUAUGGAGCUAGCCAUGGUGGUUAUGGUGGUGGAGCUGACCCAUCCUUGCCGACACAUCCAUAUGGUUCUGUUUAUGAUCCAAUGUUAUUUGGUAGUGGAGGAGGAAAUGGCAAUGGAGUUGGUGGGAAUGGUGGUGGUGUUCUUUUGUGGAACAUUAGUCAGAGGAUGGAACUCAAUGGUUUGUUGGCUAUCCAGGGAGAUAAUGGUGCCUCAGGUAACAGUGGUGGUGGUAGUGGUGGCAGUGUCAACAUGUUUACUACAAACUUCACUGGACACGGAGAGAUAAACGUCAGGGGAGGUAAUGGUGCCGGGACAACAGGAGGAGGAGGUUCAGGAGGAAGGAUUGGUGUCCAUUGUAGAUACAGAUACAGCUAUGGAGGGAAAUUCACUAACCGUGGUGGCGAUGGUGGAAGCAGCAAUGGCCUAACUCAUGGGGGUGCCGCUGGAACAACUUAUGUGGAAAAUAAUUUCAGACCAUUAGAGUACAGAAUCUUAAAAUAUAUGAAAGGCACAAAUAACACAUACUUUCAAGUCGACCAUCUUUACUUGCAUAUUGACAAUGUUGGUAAUCUAGUUUCUGUACCAACAAUGAUUAUGGUCAAUCAAUCAACAAACUAUGAAUUUAAUGAAGUUGAAAUAGCAGGGUAUGCCCGUGUUAUAAUCUAUCAUCCGAAUAAAGAUGUUGAAAUGAUCAUCCACAGAUUCAUUGGUGAUAGAACAGGUCAACUACACUUGAGAAGUCAUCAGAAAGCUAUAGUGGAAUAUAUUGAAUCUGUCCGUAAUAUAACGGAAGCACCAGUCAGUUAUAUUAUUGAUUAUGAAAGUGAGAUCGUCUUUCCUACGGAAGUUCACAUGCAAGGAAUAAACACAACCAUAGAAGGAAUGAUGACUGGUGUACAUCAUUUCUAUAUUGAAGAUGACGGUUUUGUAUCUGUAGCUGCUACAUCUCAAACAGCACUCUUGGAUAAUGGCACAUAUAUAUUUGUCUCAGAAGAGGGAAAUUUCUCCUUGCCAACUAUAAAUAUAAAACAAUUAAGUACCCUAGAAUUCAGGAAAAUACUGCAUGAUUUUACAAUAACAGCAUCAUUCAUGGAAAUCAAAUAUCAAGGAACAGUUUUGUUGAAUCAUGGUUACAUGGACCUUGGAGAGUUUGAUAUGGAACCUGAAGGUGACCUUAAUCUUGAGGGUAGAGGUCAUAGUGCAAUGAAAGGUGAAGGUGUUGGUACAGGGUAUUCUGGUGGCAGCUAUGGAGGUGUUGGUGGUGGUUCAGAUGAUUCUUACCCAUAUGGAUCUGUGUUUUCUCCCAUGGAUUUUGGAAGUGGUGGAGCUGGUAGUUCAUAUGCUGGAUCUGGAGGUGGAUUUCUCAAAAUGAGGGUUGGAAGAAACAUUCACAUUGAUGGCAUAAUCACCUCUGCUGGAACAGCAGCCACAAGUGGAAAUGCAGGUGGUGGCACUGGUGGCAGUAUCUUCAUUCAGACUUACAACAUUUCUGGUCAUGGCACCAUUUCAGUGAAUGGUGGAGCUGGCCGAUCUUCUGGUGGAGGGGGAAGUGGUGGUAGGAUAGCACUACAUGUUGGGUUUAUCAAUUUGUAUGGAGGGAAGUAUCUGUCACAAGGAGGAUCAGGGUCUGGUAUUGGUGGACCGGGAACAAUCUACAAGUAUGAAUCACAAAGAGGACCGCAAUACAGAGAGCUGAAAUACAAUCCACGACUGAACAGAACUUUAAUUGAACCCGAACAUUCUAAACUCACUGUUGAUAAUGGUAAUCUGAAUACAAUCAACCCAGCCAUGGUGAUGGAAAACAACAGUGUUUAUUAUGAGUUAGAUGAAAUACAAGUGGAGGGAUACUCAUAUGUCCACUUUUAUCAUCCACAUGGCAUACAUAAUGUUACAGUUAUCAUCCAUGAACUUACAGGAAACAAGAAGGGAAUGGUACGUGUACAGAACAGACAGCAAGUUAUUGUACAUUUUGUUGAAUCCACUCACACUUAUCUUGACACUCCAUGUGGAUUGCAUGUGGAUGUGGGUGGAGAAGUGGUACUGCCAACAGAUUUUGUUCUAACAGCUGAAAAAUUCAUCCUCAGUGGAAGACUUGUUGGCAUUGAAAACUUAUACAUUGAAAGAAAUGCAGAACUCAUUCUAUCUCAACAUGCACAUACUGGUGAACUGAAGUCCAUUGUCAUGUGGUACACAGACACAUCCGUACAUCCUUAUGAUCCAGGUAUGAUUACUAUAGGAACAAUCACUGUAAACAACCUUGGACAAAUAACAAUUACUUUGGAUCCACUGUUCCCAACCAUAACUAGUGGUAAAUGUACUGUGAAGAAUGGUGGUACAAUAGAAACAGACAGUAUGAAGGUGACCUUGAACUCUACCAGAAUUACAGUAGAACAUGGAGGUACAAUCACUGGUGAUGGACAUGGUUACAGUAAAGGUGCUGGUCCAGGAAGAGGAACAGAUUCAACAGACUAUGCAUCUGGGGCAGGAUAUGGAAGUUCAGGAGGUAGAAGUGCCGACAUAUCAUCAUCAGGCAGUCAGUAUGGAUCUGUACUGUCUGCCACUGAACCAGGAAGUGGUGGAGGUGGCAGUAAUGCUGGAGCAGGUGGCAGUCAUAUCACAUUCAAUGCAGGGCAGGAACUACGUCUGGAUGGUACUAUAAAGACUACUGGUUUGUCAGGAACAUCUACCCAUGGUGGAUCUGGCAGUGGAGGAAGUGUCAAAUUGAUCUUGGGAAGUCUCAAAGGUUAUGGAACUAUUUCAGCAAAUGGUGGAUCUGGCUAUUCAUCCAAUGGAGCAGGAUCAGGUGGCAGAAUAUCAAUUUACCUGUCAGAGUACAUGUUGUUUAACGGUAACCUUGUAGCCACAGGAGGAAGUGGCACAUACCCUGGUGGCCCAGGUACAGUAUAUGUACAGUCUGAUGUAGGAGUGGAUAGAUGGAGGGAAUUAUGGAUAGAUAAUUUAAAUAGAGGCAGUGUUAACUCCUGUGAUUAUCCCACUCAGAUAGAAAAUACAUUAUUGGAUAAUAUACAUCUUUACAAUAGGGCUUGUGCUGUCCCUACCCAGACACCUUUGUAUUAUGACCACAUUGAUGAGGCUACUGGACAGUUAAGGAUUAACAGUGGCAUUACACUUUAUUUUGCUAUGGAUCAUCUGCGUGACUCUGUUGGAUGUAAUCUGUAUACAGUAGAUGGGUCAACGGUCAUUCUCCCACCAACAACCUACAUAGAGGGAGUAAUGACUGUGAAUGGAAAUAUGAUUGGUUUAGACCAUCUAUACACCAGGGGUACAUCAAUCUUUACCUACACAGGAUCACUAAUAGGAAGCAGUAUUGGCACACAAAUAGCUGGAUGGUACCAGCUUUCUACGAUUACAAUACUUAAUCAAGGGAAAGUACAGGUAAUUGAUGAUGAUUAUGUUACUAACCAAGGACUUAAUGUGAUUACAGAGUACUUCCAUAUACAACAUACUAGUACCUUAGAGGUAUCCCUCUCUGCUUCAUUAGUCAGUCUGGUGUUUGAUUUAGAGAAAGAUGGAACUGUAACUGGUAAUGAACAGGGUUAUAAAAAGCUGGAAGGUCCUGGUGCAGGUGCUGCUUGUAAUGGAGGAAGUGGGGCAGCUCAUGGUGGAUAUGGCGGCAAUGGCCACUCAUGUAGUUCAGGCUCCUGCCCUGGUAGCAAAUCAACAUAUGAUUUAAAAUGUCUGCCAUUGACAGCAGGAAGUGGAGGUGGAACUUGUAGUCAUGGUAAUGCAGGGUCUGGUGGUGCUGCUUUCAGAGUGGUAUCCAUUGAUGCCAUGUUUUUGGAAGGGGAGAUAACAAUGAAUGGUGUAGGUGCAUCAGGGGGUGGUUCUGGCAGUGGUGGAUCAGUGUGGUUAGAUACUGAUGUAAUAGAAGGAUGGGGAGAAUUAUAUGCUGAUGGAGGUGAUAGUGGAGGUUCACAUUGUGGAGCAAGUUGUCAUAAUUAUGGAUGCUGCUGUACUCAUUAUGGUUCUGGUGGAGGGGGUGGAAGGAUAAGAACUUUUACUGGUAACUAUACCCACAAAGUCCUGAAACAUCAAAGAUCUGUAGAUGGUGGUAGUGGUUCAGGUAGUUCCACAGCUGGUACUGCUGGUACAUUGUGUGAAUCUAGUGCUAAUCUCUGCAGCGGUCAAGGAACAUUUGCGUCAGGAGCUUGUACAUGUAAUUCAGGAUAUAUUGGAAAUGAUUGCCAAUAUCACUGUGACCCAGCAACAACCUGCUCAGGUCAUGGCACAUGCUCAAUGUGGGGAACAUGCAUUUGUAACAGUAACUAUGUUGGUCAUCGUUGUGACAGCCAGUGUCAUGAGAGUACAACAUGUUCUGGUCAUGGAAAGUGUACAUCCACUGGUGACUGUGUUUGUGAUUCUUGUUACCAUGGACAUGAUUGUUCAAUGUCCUGUAACGGUCAAGGUCAGUGUGUUGGUGAUGAAUGUCAGUGUGAUGAUUGCCACUUGGGUAAAUUCUGUGAAUCAGAAUGUAAUGACCAUGGUAGCUGCAGUGGUAGUGUGAAUGGCACAUGUAUAUGUACAGACAACUGGCAGGAAUCUAAGUGUACAAGACCAGGUUGUCCAUCAAAGACAUCCCAAGAAUGUUCUGGACAUGGUGUAUGUAUGGCUGGUAGUGGGAAAUGUUACUGUGAACCAGGAUGGGCAGAUGAAGACACAGGUUGUGGUGACCCAGACUGUCCAGGUGAACCUAACUGCAAUGAUCGUGGAUUAUGUGACCCUACAUACAAUCCACCAAAAUGUGUUAACUGUGAAGUUGGAUGGGUUGGACCUGCAUGUAAUGACCCCUGUAUCCAUGGCACCCCAAAUGUAAACAACACAGCUUGUGUAUGUAAUACCACAUGUUACCAUGGAGCAGGGUGUGAUAUACAGUGUUCUGGUAAUGGUGUGUGUGACGGUAAAUUUGAAUGUUAUUGUGAUCCUCUGGUUGGCUGGAGUGGAACAUAUUGUGAAGUACCAGGAUGUCCCAGACAUCCUUCAACUGACCUAGAGUGCAGUGGACAUGGUGAUUGUAACAGUGAAGAUAAAACAUGCCAGUGUUUUGCUGGUUGGAUGGGUGUGGCUUGCCAUGUUGCUGAUUGCCCUGGAGAACCAAACUGUUUUGACCGUGGUACUUGUGAUGAGUGGGGUUUUGAUCCUCCAGAAUGUCAGAACUGUACGAAAGACUGGAUGGGACCAGCUUGUAAUGAUCCCUGUGUUAAUGGGACUCAGACACCUAUGAACUCUGGGUACUGUCUAUGUGAUCCUGGUUUCGCUGGAGUGGGAUGUAACUCUGAAUGUUCUGAGAAUGGUAACAUUGUAGAUGGAGUGUGUGAAUGUGAUUAUGUCACAGGAUGGAAAGGAGAUUUAUGUGACAUUCCUGGAUGUCCUGGUUUACGUAAAUUGGAUUGCUCAGAUAGAGGUGGAUGUGAAAGUGCCACACACACUUGUACCUGUAGACCAGGAUGGACUGGUAUAGGAUGUGAAUAUGCUGAUUGUGCUGGUACCCCUGACUGUAAUAACCAUGGAAUGUGUAAUGAUACUGUAGACCCACCUGAAUGCAGAUGUAACUCUGAUUGGUAUGGCCAUUCCUGUGAAGAGCCUUGUGUGAAUGGUGAAGUUAUUCCAGUUGGUGCUAACAACUGUACAUGUAAUCCAGGCUGGGUGGGUAUUAACUGUGACUCAGAAUGUUCAGACCAUGGUAAGAUCAUUGGUGAUGAGUGUAACUGUGAUGUUAACUGGUGGGGUUCCUUCUGUGAUGUGCCAGGAUGUCCAGGAAUAGGGGAGAGCUGUAGUAAACAUGGAAUUUGUAACUCAAUCACUCACAAUUGUGACUGCUUCCCUGGCUGGACUGGUGACGGAUGUGAAAUACCUGAUUGUCCAGGUGAACCUGACUGUAAUGACAGAGGAAUCUGUAACUCAACACUGGAUCCCCCAAAAUGUCUAGACUGUAUCUCAGGUUGGAUGGGACCAGCUUGUGCUGACUUCUGUGUAAACGGAACACAGGUACCUCACAACAGCGGACAUUGUGAAUGCCAUUCUUGUUAUAAUGGACUAGGCUGUAACCUGGAAUGUAAUGGUCAUGGUGCAUGUAAUGGAACUCAUUGUAUGUGUGAUGUGGCAUGGCGAGGAUCAAAGUGUGAGAUACAAGGCUGUCCAGGGCUAACAGAAGAUUGUACUCAGCAUGGAACAUGUAACUCAGCUCUACAACUAUGUACUUGUAUACCAGGUUGGACUGGAGAUGCCUGUGACAUCCCUGACUGUCCUGGUGGCUGUGAGGGCAAUGGUUUCUGUAAUGGAACAGAAAGAGAUAUACCAGAAUGUGACUGUAAAAAUGGUUGGUACAGUGAAGACUGCAGUAAAGCCUGUGUCCAUGGUUACGUAAACUCAGCCAAUGAUUUCUGUCACUGUGAUUCCUGUUACACUGGAGCUUACUGUGAACUGGAAUGUUCUGGACAUGGAGAUUGUGUCAACGAAACAUGUGACUGUUUUACAACAGAACCAGGAAACAGCUGGGUUGCAGACAAGUGUCAGGAAUCAGGAUGUCCAGGAGAAGAUGGGGCAUGUAAUGCACAUGGUAGCUGUAACAGUGCUCUAGGCAUGUGUACAUGUGAACCUGGCUGGAAGGGAGAUGAUUGUGCAAUACCUAGCUGUCCAGGGACACCUGAGUGUAGUGGUCCUGACCAUGGUAAUUGUACUGAUGGUGGUAAAUGUCAGUGUAAUGAUGAUUGGUCUGGAGAGUACUGUCAGAUAGCAUGUCUCAAUGGAACCAACGUGGACAAUGAAUGUGUCUGUGACAAACCAUGUAUUACAGGGAUCAGCUGUCAUCUCGAGUGUUCAAGUCAUGGGUCAUGUGACAAUGAUGGAAACUGUGAAUGUAAUUAUUAUGGAUUAUAUGAAGGAGUAAGAUGUGAUGAACCUAGUUGUCCAGGUUGGCCUGAGAGAUGUGAAGGUCAUGGUACCUGUAACCUUGCUACUGGAGGCUGUGAGUGUGAUCAAUACUGGAGUGGUCAAGCAUGUGAAGUACCUGAUUGUCCAGGGAAUCCAGACUGUAAUGGAAUCAACUCAACAUGUGGUGUUCCACCAGAAGGAGGGAAUCCAAGAUGUUUAGACUGCCAGUAUCCAUAUAUAGGAGAUUCUUGUGAACAUAAAUGUGUCCAUGGAACUCCUGUCAGAUCAUUUGAUGGUAUUUGGACCUGCCAAUGCGACUUUUGUUACAGUGGUGUGGAAUGUAAUCAGCUUUGCUCUGGUCAGGGUAUCUGUCACAACACCACAUGUGACUGUGGAUUUAAUGGUUACCGUGGUGACUGGUGUGAGACAAGAGGAUGUCCAGGGUAUAAUGAGGAUUGUUCUGGUCAUGGAGAUUGCAAUGCUGCCACUGGUAAAUGUAUUUGUGAAGAAGGAUGGAAAGGUAUUGGAUGUCAUGUACCAUCAUGUCCCCAGGCCUGUAAUGGACAGGGAAGUUGUGUUGUCCUAGAUGAUGAACCUGCAUGUAGCUGUAAUUCCUCUUACUUUGGUUAUGCUUGUCAGUAUAAUUGUGAACACGGAAUAGUGAAGAACCAGACAUGUGUCUGUGACAGCUGUUACAAUGAUUACACAUGUCAAUUAGAAUGUUCUGGAACUGGAAACUGCACUGAUGGAACAUGUGAUUGUGGAUUUAAUGGUGGACGUGGAGAUUAUUGUGAAAAACCAGGAUGUCCUGGCUUUGGAAAGGAUUGCAGCGGGAAUGGAGAGUGCAAUGUUGCUGUAGGAAAGUGUAUUUGUUAUGAUGGAUGGAAGGGUGAUGGUUGUGAAGAAUCAGACUGUCUUGACAAUUGUAACUACAAAGGUUACUGUAAUGUAUCCUUGGCAAGACCAAGGUGUACCAGCUGUGAGAAAGGUUGGAUGGGAGAGUCCUGUAACACUGUAUGUAAUGGCAUCCAGGAACCAAUGGACAGUGGGAACUGUGUCUGUGACAGUAAAUGUGCCUCGGGUGAUUCAUGUGAUAUUAUCUGUAAUGGCUUUGGUACAUGUGAUAAUGAGACAUGCAUUUGUCAGAGUGGUUACUGGGGUGACACGUGUAAAGACCAUCUCUGUGUGGGAGUAGGAGAACCAUGUAGUGGACAUGGUGACUGUAAUACGGUCACACAUCAAUGCUUCUGUAGUCCUGGUUGGUAUGGGGAUGAUUGUAGUAUCCCAGACUGCCCUGGUGACCCAGAUUGUAAUGAUCGUGGUAACUGCAGUGCAGCAACAGCUUAUCCAACUUGUAUUUGUAAUGCUGAUUGGACAGGAUACUCAUGUGACCUGCCAUGUGUCUACGGAACUCCACAGUCAGACUUUACCUGUGUAUGUGAUUCAUGUUAUUCUGGAACUGGAUGUAACCAGCUGUGUGGAGGCCAUGGAUCAUGUGACAACAAUACCUGCACAUGUGAUGAAGCUUGGUGGGGUGAUGAUUGUAGCACAAGAGGAUGUCCUGGUGACCCUGAACAACCAGAGAAAGGAUCCUGUACAGGACAGGGAACCUGUAUCUUAGCUGACCAGAAAUGUGAAUGUAAUUAUGGAUGGCAAGGUGAAGGAUGUGAAUUACCAGACUGUCCGGGAGACCCUGAUUGUAGUAGAAGAGGUGAAUGUAUUUUACUGAAUGACAGCCCAACUUGUGUAAACUGUACAUUGUCAAUGGGACCAGCCUGUCAGUAUGAUUGUAUACAUGGUAUAGAAUAUCCACCAUUUACCUCCAACUGUCAGUGUGACCCAUGCUACUCUGGUUCUAACUGUGACACUCUGUGUUCUAAUGUUGGACAGUGUAUGAACGACACAUGCUUGUGUGAAGAGGGAUACAAGGGAGAUCACUGUGAACAGCUGGAUUGUCCAGGUGAACCAGAUUGUAGUACCUACGGUCUCUGUACAAGAAAAGACAAUGCGUCAGUUUGUGUUUGCAAUGGAGGAUUUGAAGGAAAGAAUUGCUCAGAGUUCAUUUGUCCAGGGACACCUAAAUGUAGUGAAAAUGGUCAGUGUUUGCUAUCUGCUGGAGCUACUGCCCCAGCCUGUUUAUGUGACCAUGGAUUUGGUGGACUGGCCUGCAGUAGCUGUCUUACUCACUAUGAAGGUUCCAACUGUGAGAGAUGUGAGACUGGUUACAUAGGGUACAAUACUACUUGCAGUGUAUUGUGUAUACAUGGAGAACCUACAGAAUUAGGUGGAGACAUAUGCCAAUGUAAUGAUGAUGAGACUAAUGGCCACUGGACAGGAGAUGCUUGUGAUCAGUGUGUUUCAGGCUGGGAUCUACCAUCCUGUACUAUCUGUACACCAGAUUAUGUUGGUCCUGGACAUUGUACCAUACCAUGUUCCAAUGGGCAGGGUGACUAUUCUGACAAGUUUGAUGGCACAGGAGAAACUGAUGCUAUAGUAGUAGUGUUCCGAUGUUAUACAGAGGAGUCUGAUGGUAACUACACAGCCUGGUUUGGAUACAACAACACUAAUGACCACAAUAUUUACAUUACAUCAUCCUAUGAGAAUUAUGUGACGAAGUCCAGCUCUUCAGUAUACCCACCAACAAAGUUUACACCAGGAUGGACUGGAUAUGCAUUUUCUGUCAAAUCAAUGACAUCUACAGAUGUAGUAACAUGGUACCUCUCCUCAUCCUAUGCUAACACAAUCAAAUCUGCAUCAGCUGACCUGUCACCAGAAAUGAAGUGUCCAAAGGAACCAUUAGUGGUGGUUGUUACAGAGAAAACAGGAUACUGUAAAUGUCAUGAGGGAUACUGGGGAUCAGAAUGCCAGAAUGAAUGUCCAGGUGGAGCCACUGAUUCCUGCUAUGGUAAUGGUGUAUGUGACUUUACAACUGGUUCCUGUUCUUGUCAUACUGGAUCUUCAGGGAAUACAAGCUGUGAGCAGUGUGAGGCAGGAUGGUUUGGUACAGAUUGUUCCAUUGUUCAUGUUGAUAAUGAUAAUACUGGUAAUGGGCAAUACCUGGGAAAAAGUUACCAUAGUGGUCACUUCAUCACAUUUGAUGGAUCUAUGUAUAAUUACCACUAUCCUGGAGAACAUCUUCUGGUGUCUGGACAAUUAUUGUCAGGAACUCAAAUAAGGGUCCAUGUUCUACAAGUUUUAAUGUCAGAGUAUUAUUCCAGUGUAGGGACAUCUGCUGUUGGAAUCCAGAUUGAUAGUCACAAGUUGGUAAUAUCUAUCAUUGAUGAGAAUGUGUCUACAUGGUAUGAUGAUGAAACAGUGGUAAUUGGAUCUGGAUUUGAAGCUGUAUCUGGAGUGAUCUGUAAACAAAUAUCAUCCUUCCAGUAUCAAGUUAGUGCAGGAUCAGAUUUAAUAGUUGAUAUUUAUGUCUAUGAAAACCAUCUAGAUGUCCAUGUUGGAGCUGUAGCAAGCUUCUGUGGCACAAGUACUGGUUUACUCAGCAGCUGCAACCUUAACCAUCUAGACGAUUUCAAAACCAGGACAGGAGUUGUUUUGACAAGUACACUCAAUACCAACACCUUACACAGUGACUUUGGUCAAUCAUGGCUUGUGUCAGAUUCAAACUCAAUCUUCAAAGGACUGGUACCUGUUGAAAAUAGUGGAGGAUUUGGUCUGUCAACCAAUGCCUCACACAUCAUUACGGAUCCAGUUAGCACUUUCACAGAAUUUGUAGUGACAAUAGAAAUCAAAUUUAAACCAGAUAUAGUAACACCAAACUGUCACACAAUAUGGUCCUACAAAAAAAACGACAACAUUUUCUCAACAGUUGUGUGCAAUGGGCAGAUAACUCUGUAUUACCAAGACAAGAAAAUAACCUUUUCAUCAAUAACAGUUGAUGUUGAUACAUGGUACCACUUUGCUAUUGUAUGGAGAUUAGAUACAAGAGUUAUAAACCUUUAUCUUGUACAGGAAGGUUUACAGAUCAACACAGAUGUACAUGUAUUAGAUGUUGAUGACCACAAUCCCUUGACACCAGGAGGAACAUUCAUGAUUGGUCAAUGGAAUUACCCUACCAAUGAAAGAGAUGGUGUGAACUGGGGUUUCAUUGGUACAUUUGAUGACUUCAGAAUAUGGAAGAAACAACUGACCCUGAAUCAAAUUAGAAGUUAUGCCUUCACACAUAUGACUGAUACUUAUACUGGUUUGACUAAUCACUGGAAUUUCAACAUAGGAUAUGGUAGACAAUCAAUUGAUUCUAUUGGAGGAUUGAAAAUAACAAUGAUAUCAUCACCAUGGCACUAUCCAGUGUGGACUAUGGUUGACUACUCAUUAUCAUCAUUAAGUCUGAAUAUUUACCAGGUUUUCACAAAUCCAAGUACUGUUGAUGUCCAAAUAGAAGAAUUCUGUAAAUCUGUGGUAUUGUCAUCUGCUUAUAAUAACUCAUGUUCAGACUUUGGAACACAGCUCCAGGUUUAUGUUUACAAACAAUGCAUAUUCAAUAGCAAGAUUACAAACAGUCAAGACUGGACCAUGGAACCAAUCUUAACAUUGUCGGAUCAUUGUUCACUUAACCGUGGACUAGUCACAUGGCCUGCUAGAUCAUGGUGUGGAUCCUUCACGUCACGUCAUUUCCCAAGAUGGUCAGGUAGCUCAUGUUCAACACCUUGUGUAUCUGGAGAAUUGAGUACAACAUGUAACUGUGAUGAUGGAUUCUGGGGAUCAUACUGUCAAAGUAUCUGCCCAUAUUCAGCUGAUUUACCAUGUGGAGGUGGAACUUGCUUCUCAAACAAUGGAACAUGUUCCUGUCUGUCAAACUUUGUUGGUAGCAGCUGUGAUGCAUGUGCCACUGGAUGGUAUGGAGCAGAUUGUUCUGUAAGUGUGGCUAAUAAACCGUCAUCUGGUGUUACUACCAAGGUAUGUUCUGUAUUUGGAUACAGUCACUUCUCUUUGUUUGAUGGACAGACAUUUGAUAUGGCAGCUACAGGAGAAUUCUUAUUAAUUCAAGAUCCAACACUGUUUGCCUACGUAAGACAACUUCCCUGUGGAGAAAAUGGUGCAGUGUGUGUUAAACAAAUAUGGAUACAAGCACAAGGUCAAAACCUAACUGUGGUAUCAUCUGCACCUGGACAAGAUGGAAUUCUGCUCUUGCACAACAGCCAGCCAAUCGUUCUUGACAACAUGCAUAAUCUUACAUCCACAGUCAGAGUUGUCCAGAAUGGUCAGACUUCAAUCAAUGUGGAGUAUGGAUCCAAUAUCCUGACAAUCAACUACCACAGCUUAUUCCUUGAAGUGUUUUCUAAAUUAACCCAGUGUACUACAGGAAUGUCAGGACUCUGUGGAACAUGUGACAACAAUAAAGACAAUGACUUUAUAAUCGGCUCUGGAUCAGCAGUGUCCAUGACUGAUAUUACUCAACAUUCCAUCAAUACAAAUUAUGCUGAUUAUUGGAGAAUGAGAACUAAUGUAGGAUCUGGAUUCAAGUAUGAAUUUGAUGGACUUACUGAGCCUCAGAAUACCAAUGGAAAUACUUUUGUCUUGGCCUUCAAUGGAGCUGGAGCAUAUACUUCACAGCUAGAGGACGUGUUUGGUAACGAUGGGGAUGCAACAAUACAAGUAAAAUUUGCAGCCAAUUCUGCUACAGGCCUUAUCCUGGCAUACUACAAGCAGACUUCAGUCUGUAUAUAUCUCAAUGGAACAGUUCACAUUCUUUGGGGUGAUGUGAAAAUUGAUACAGGCUAUACAGUAGAGAUGGGUGUAUGGUAUCAAGUGUCACUGUCAUACACACACUCAACCAACAAUCUAAAAAUCUACAUCCUCACCAACAGUGGCAUGCAAUGGUGGAAACAACUAACUGUACAGACUACUGCCCUGAUAUCAGGAGGAAUCUUCAAGGUUGCUGAUUGGAAAGAUAAUGCUCCAGUCAUAUUCCAACACUUCAAUGGGAAAAUAGCUGAAAUCCAGACAUGGAAGACUGCAUUAGAUAUUUACCAAAUUAUGUAUACAUCAAAAACAUUACUGACAAAGCAUUUUACAGACUUGACUUCAUUGUGGAUAUUUUCAAAAGGUUACAGCUACAUUGCAGUUGACAUUAUCAACAACUAUCAGCUAAUAUUACCAUCGGAAGAUGUGUAUUGGUGGCCAUCUGAUGUGGUUACUGAUGGAGAUCCUCCAACUACUCCAGAAAAUGAGACAUUGAAAGUUGUAAGUGAGAGGAAAUGUAGAGAGUAUUUUAUGGAGUCUACCAUUCCUUCAAUAUGUGGUCAACUUGGAGAAGCAGUUUUACAAUUUUACUAUAAAUCCUGUGUAAAAGACAUGAUGUCUUCCUCAAAUGAGCUUGGUUAUGUAUAUAGUCUGGUUUCCUACAUUGAAUACUGUGAAAUAAUUGUCAAUCCACCAACAUCACCCAGAGGAGCAAUCUGUAUAGAUGGUACCAAUCCAUAUUUUAAUCUUCUUUGUUCACAUCUUUGUAAAUUUGGAAAACUAAACACAGAAAUGGUUUGUGAAUGUGACAAAGGAUACUGGAACACAGACUGUAGUCAAGUGUGUACUGGGGGCACUCUUUCACCAUGCAGUGACAAUGGGCUGUGUAUCAAGGAAACUGGGCAAUGCUACUGUUAUCCAUCAUAUAGCAACGAAACAGACUGUAAAACAUGUUUGGCACCAUGGACUGGAACUGAUUGUGAUAUCAUACCACCAGAUGUCACUCUACCUACUGGUUCCCCACUUUUGCAAAACCAUACUUGUUCACUUUUUGGGCAUGGCCAUUUGAGGACAUUCAAUGAACUACAGUUCAACUUUAUACAUGCAGGAGAGUACUAUGUACUUAAAUCCUCAGAUACCAACAUAUACCCAGAAGUACAGAUAAGAAACACUUAUUGUUACGAUGACUCUAUAUGUACUACAGCAGUAGCUAUCAAGUACAAGAGCAACACCAUUGUCAUACGAUCAAGAUAUCACGAUAGCCAAGAUACAUUAGUAUGGAUAGAUGGUCAAUCAUUUGUUUUUGAUGGUCAAGUUGAAAAGGAUCUGCCUGAUGUGAUAUUUAAACAUCCAACCAAGUCAGAAUUUGAAAUAUCAACCAAGUCGGGCAGUAAUUUAAUGGUGUAUGUUAGAUCACUGGACCAACAACUCAAUAUUAUUAUCAAGACAGAGACACCAUUUUGUAAAACUCAGGAUUACCUGUGUGGACCUUGUAACCCUGCUGCCACAAAUGUUCAGACCUACUCAGCCAUAUGGGUUGUUGAAGAAGUCCACAGUUUGUUUACUUUAAUAUUCACAAACAAUGAACUAAUGGAGAAGAGAUCAGUAUCAACAGCUGGACUGAGUAUCUACUUCAAUAACUCACUACUUACAACUGACUUUUUACCAGAUAUAAUUAUCAGCAGUAUAGACUUCUCCAUAGAAUUUUCCUUCCGACCAGGUGACAAUACAGGAGUCAUACUUACAUAUACUACCAAGCUUUCCUUUAUUGUUUAUCUAGAUGUCACUUUGAAGUUAAAAAUUGAUCAGAAUAUAUAUGAUACUAAAAUAAAUGUCACAAUUGAACAUUGGCAUCAUGUGAGCCUGGUAUGGCAAAAUGUGGCAUCCCAAAUGGUGGUUUAUGUCUACAAAGAGGAUGGAUCGUUUGAAUUUGUAUCAUUUACUGUGAUUAGUCAAGAUAUGUUUGUUGCCUAUGGCUACUUUGGUUUUGGACAUCCACCACAACAACCACUGCCCACAGAAAUAGAACCUUAUCACCAGUACUUCACAGGAGACAUAGAUGAAGUCAGAGUAUGGCAGAAGGCUUUAUCAUACAAUGACAUACUUAAAUACCAAAUGCAAAGAGUGAUAAUUACAGAAAAAUCACUGGUAACUUACUGGAAAUUUGAUGACUAUGGAUCUUCAGUGAUUUACGAUCUGGUUAGAAAACACCACAUACAAGUUGUAGAUUAUGGUAUACUUAGACAGACAAUAAGAUGGAGAAUAUCCAGUUUACCAUUGAAUCCACCAACUGUUCCUUAUUUCCACACGUAUACAGAUCUUACACAUCAACUAACAGCUGACUCUAAAUGCACAAAUUUGAUAUAUAGAUCUGUUCUUGGAACAACUAACGGACCAAGUGUAGGUGUUCUGAGUUUCUACUUUGCUGCCUGCACCAGUGAUAUGGCUGGAGCCAAUAACAUAGACAUGUCAUUAUCUGUUGUGGUUGGUCUCUCUGACCUUUAUGUUUCAUCAGAAUGGUUAACAUCAUGGCCUGGGGCUGUCUUCUGUAAUGAUUUCAAAUCACUGAUUUUCCCUGAAUGGGUUGGUUCUGACUGCUCACAGAAAUGUGAUUUCCAUAAAUCCAUCAAUCCAACAACUUGUACAUGUGAAAUUGGGUACUGGGGAUCAUCCUGCAACAAACUUUGCAAUGGUGGAACAUUGAAUACUUGUGGUGGACAUGGUGAAUGUAGCCAAGCUACUGGAGAUUGUCAAUGCCAGAUGAACUGGGCAGCACCAAACUGCACCUCAUGUGCUCCAGGAUGGUCAGGAGAAGAUUGCUCAGUCUCAGUACAAUCAGUUCCAAAUGGUGCAAAGAACUACUUGGGUGGUAUAUCUGGUGAUGGACAUUUAACAACAGUUGAUGGGGCCAGCUUUAGAUUUCAAGAGCAUGAUAUUUAUACGUUCUACCGUUAUAACACUAUAAAUAUUCAGAUCCAGACAGGACCUAGCAGAUUCUUCCAUACUGCUGUCAAAGAAAUUGCAAUUAAAAUAGAUGCUAAGAUUGUUAUCAUCAGUACAAUUAAUGGUGGCCAUGUAGAGAUCAAUGGUCAGAUUAACUCUCUGAGUACAGUAGUGGAUAUUGGCAGUGGUUUUCAGAUUGGACCAUUAGAUAGUCAUGUGUAUAAAAUUUACAAAGCCGGAUUUGAAUUAGUUAUAUAUGUGCAAGAAGACUAUUUAAAUGUACAAUUAUCAGUUUCACAUACCUAUUGUUCCUCAUCUGAAGGUCUUGUUGGUCCGUGUAGUAUCAAAUCCCACAGCUGCUCUCCAUGGAACUAUGCUUGUAUUAUUCAGUACGAAGGAUUAGCUAAAGUUUGUACAGAUCAUGUCAUUCCAAGUACCUCAAUCACAGACUUCAUUGGUGUUUGGCAUACAAUAUACAGUAAUAGUAUAUUCAGUGAAGUGGACUCAACAUACACACCAUCUAUAGGUCUAGACAUUAAUAUAGGCUGGGUACAAACAGUACCUUUCCCAGAGAGUUUUAUAGGAGAAUCAACCACUAUUGAAACAAGGCUAAAGAUAACAAGCCUGGAUGAGAAUGGUAAUGGAGGCACAGUACUUUCCUACAGUUGGAGAAAAACCUUUGCUGUCUGUAUCGUAAAUGGAAGAUUUUUGGUUUCUUUAGGGUCCUAUGUAGUACCAACAGGAAUAUCCGUACAGCUAGGUCAGUGGACACAGAUUUCAUUGGUUUACAACAGUAUAACAGGAUGGAUCACAUUCCAUUACAUCUAUAAUGUAGAGGUCAGUGUGUUCUCUUCGGUCUAUAUUGGAUUAGAAGCACUGUCACCAAGAGGUACAUUAGUCUUUGGUGACUGGCAGCCUCCUAUAGAGGGUGGAGGAUCAAUACCACCAGGAACAUUUGUCGGGACACUGGACAGAGUAUUAGUGUGGAACAGACCAUGUAUUCAGACACAGAUCUUUAUACACUGGAAGACCAGUAUUACACAUGUGACAACAGGACUUGUCGCUGGAUGGAACUUUGAAACUGGAUAUGGCAAAACAACUUUGGAUAUUGUAAAUAACUACCCAGUGACAAUAUCAGAUACUGGUGUAGCAUGGGUGUCCAUACCUGACCUACCAGAUACCAGGACAAUAAAACCAACAAUAGCAAUCAACAUUGGGAUACCAGAAACUACUCAUACUGAAAAAUGUAAAGGACUCAUUCAGAGUAAUGCAUUUACAAGCCAAUGUGGUUCAUUCUCAGAGAGUUCAUCAUUUUACAUGAUGGCUUGUAUAGAAGAUGUAUCAGUCACAGGUAAUCUAGACCUCAGUAUGGACAGCACUAUAGCAUUCAGCUCUUUAUGUGAAGUAGAAUCAGGACUUUUAUCAUCACCAUACCAAAGUUUAUGUAAUGACUUCUCUUCAAGACAAUUUCCUAUCUGGAAGGGUGUAGAAUGUACAGCAAAAUGUAUAUUUGGGAAGUUCAAUCUGGAUACAUCUUUCUGUGAAUGUAAUAAUGGUUACUGGGGAACAUACUGUGACAAGCAGUGUCCUGGAGGGGCCACCAAUCCAUGCAACGGACAUGGAACAUGCCAAACAGGUACAGGAGAGUGUGCUUGUCUAGUUAACUGGCAGGGAGAUUCCAACUGUGGUUCAUGCACUACUGGGUUUACUGGUACCAACUGUGAUAUCCAGGUACCAGAACUACCACCAAACGCACCAAUGGGAUGUCUUGCACGUAAACAUGGAGCAUACUUAAAUUUUACAGGACAUGGAAUGACUUAUGCAGAACCAGGAAAUUACAGAAUGUUAGAGAUGAAUAAUCUUAAAGUAGAGGUCCGUCAAGUAUCAUGUCAGUGGAGAAAGAGGCAGUCAGUUUGCAUGGAUUCAGUGUCAGUUAAAGUUCAUCAAACUACAGUUGUCUAUAUGUCCAAUAAUGAUUCAGUCUGGGUAGAUGGUAAAGAAGUCAAUGUAACUGUGGAAAAUAGAAAACGUAUAAGUAUUGAAGGUGGAUGUAAGUUUGUAAUCCACAGACCAGAACAAUUUGUCAUACGACUUGUCGUCAACCCAUUGGGCUUUGUUGUUCGUAUCAGACGCCAUAGUUUCUACACAAGAUACAUUGCUGUUGCAAGAAUUAAACUUGGAACAGAUUACUGUUGCAGUUCACCACCAAUGGGUGGAAUUUGUGGUGGUUGUAUGGACUGUUCUACUUUUAGUCACAGCCUUGCAUGUUCCAUGGAUUUACAAACAACAACUCCAACGACACCAUUGACAAUUACAACAACUGCAACAACUGGCACAACACAGACAUCAUUAUCAACAACAUCAACAAUGGCAACAACAACAAUGCAUACUUCAGAAGAAGGUGUUAUAUUUGACCCUAAUAAAAUAAUACCAGGAGGCUCUAUAGUAGAAAGUGAGGGUAUUGACACAACAUUGGUGGCAGGUAUCGGUCCAGGUAAUACUGUCUGUAAUAAUGAUGCUUCUAUGAUCACUGAAAAUGUACAGAUUUUCAACAGCCAGUAUGUAUCCAUUGAAUUCUUUGUCAAGACUUGUCAUGAUCCAAAAUGUUAUGGAACAAUUCUAUCUUAUACAAGUGAAAAAACAUUUGCUUUCAAAAACUAUUAUGGGAAAGUUGUGAUUACAUAUGGGGAUAUGAGAUAUGAACCUGAUCUUAGUUUGGAGGAUAACACAUGGAGCCAGAUUGCUUUAGUUUAUGAUGGAAACAGUUAUCUUGAUGUAUAUGUAUUUGAUAGCAAUGGAGCUUAUACAAGAGAUCUGAUUGAACUUGAGGGUAAAAACCCUUUCAGUGGAAAAGGAAGACUUGUCCUUGGAAAAUGGCAACCACCACCAGAUGGCUCUGAAGACCAACCAAUCAGUGAAGGAUUUGAAGGAUGUAUUGAUGAACUAAGAAUAUGGGAAAGGUAUUUAGGUUUGAUGGAGAUAAAGUCACACUGGAGCAGAACCUAUAGUGUAGAAGAUCAGGGGCUAGCUUCAUUGUGGACAUUCAAUGAAGAGCAAGAUGGUACAUGGACUGCUGAAAAAAGUGGAAUUGUAUUGAGAAAUCCAGUAAGCCCAUUCAGUGGAGGUGUUGAGAGUUUAUCCGAUGCACCUAUACCCUAUGUGACUGCACCUGUAUCCAUCACUCUCCCACCCUUCCUCUCUGCUUUUGGAAAGAGAAGAAAACGUUCAACGGACAACAUAUUGGUAUAUCCUCAAGUUCUGUGUGAAGAAAUUUUUACUACAAGUGGUUUUGCAAGCUCACCUGGCGGCAAAGUGAGCUCUUCUCAUCACUUGGCGUCUGGUGUCCCUCGUUGUCUGUUAACUUUUACAAAAAUCUUCUCCUCUGAUACUACUGGGCGAAAUUUAGCCAAACCUAGUCAAAAUCAUUAUUUAGGUUUCUAA